UGAUUCUUUAAACAAACUUUCCAGUGGGAUUGACUGUUUCCCUUUUGCACUGCUGUGUCGGACCCAGACAACAGGAGUUUGAGGGACUUCCACACAUUUUCUACCUGAAAUCAAGGUGAGAAAAAAAGCUGUUUUUAUAGACAGUUUAUUGUCUGAAUAUAAAGUCUGACUAUCAUGUGUUUUAAAAGCCUGUGAGGGUAAAUUCUCUUGCAUUGAACUGUCAGUGUUGAGAAAAAAGAGGAAGGUACAGUUACAGAAAGCUCCUGAAGUGGAAAGAAAACUUCAUAACUCUAAAGACACACCUGUUUAGGAUGCUCACCUUGAACUUGCAUGUCUUUAAAUUGUAUAAAUAUACUGUUUGCAUGUGUGAUUAUCUUCAUGUCAUCACUAUGGCACAUUAGACAGAGAAAUUUCUGAAUGCAGCUGACCCAUUUAGAUCACACACUGACACACACACACACACACACACACACACACACACACCUCUGUGUGUCUGCUCUGUCUGAGCUAUGAGAGCUUGAUGUCCACUUCACUCUGUUUGUUUUCGGAAUUCCUGACCGUUGGCGUCCUCUCUCAAGCAUUGGUGACCUGCACGACCUGGAGUUAGGGAAAGGGAUGACAGCCGCACUGUUUCAUGAUAUCAAAGUGUGUGUGUGAGUGUGUGUGUGUGUGUGGUGAGUGAUUAUGUGUGGACUGAGGGACAGAGGAGCUUUGUCAUUUGAGAGGAUAAAAGGGUGCACAGAGGAGCUGCGGUGGUGGACAGAGAACAAAUACAUUUGUCAGGACAGGCCGAACUGAGGCAUGUCAGACAAAUGCUAGCAUUGCUGAAGUCAGGGGAAGUUGUAGUCUGCAUCAUUGUGAUUCAUUUUAAGUUGUUACAUAGUACAGCUUCAGGUUCAGAGGUCCUGGAAAGCAUGUUUCUUAUCAUAAUGCCUUUAAAAUGUAACCUCACACCACUCACAGUAUCUAGGUUAUUGAUUCCUUGAAAGAGAGGUAAAGUUUAACAUCAGUCAUCCUCUCUUCAGAGACAAUGCUGUACCUAAACAAGUAUUCACACAAGAGAUAACCAAAUCCUCCUCCUGUUUACAUCAGUGGCAUUUCAUCUGAGCCGCAACAAAUUCAAUCACAGCCACACAAGUGAAGCGUAAUGAAAAUGUUGUGUGUUUUGUGAAGACUGUGCCAUCCGAGCGGGAGAGAGUAACCCUAAUCGGAUUGAGGAAUUCCUUCUCUUCCUGGAGCCUUACAUUGGAGCCAGGUGUCGUUUUGUUUCCAGCUUCCUCACUGACUGCUGGAUGGAGAAUGGGAAGGGCUCGAGGCCAACAACACACACACCUUCCAGAUUUCUUCAUUUCUCUGGCAUAUGAAGGGACAGAAGCAGCCAAACAGUAGUCGUAGGGAAGAAGACAGUCGUCCAACAUGUGUCUGUUGUGAGAGAAAAGAAGGAUGAAUGCAAAAAUAAGUGUGUGUCACAGAGACUUACAAGUUGCUGACCUGCUAUAAUUGGAUUUCAAGUUGCACAGUGUCAAUCCAUUUCUGGAUAGUACAUGCCACAGUGGACAAUCAGGUUAUUUAUCCCUGGUCACACUAGUUUGCAUCGCUCAUGAAAGUUAUGAUCCUGCUCAUUUGAUGCGUUAGCUUUACAUUUAAAGAGAGAGGGAGAAACCACCACAUUUGAAGUAAAGAGAUACUCAAAGCUGCUUAGUGCUGUGAGGCCUGUGUGUGAAUCAUAACAAGCAACAGACACAGCAAACAGAAAUUUCAGAGCAGCCCUCACAGCAGCUUAUUAGACGUGAUGACAGACAGACACUGCCCAUGGAGACAGAGAUUUGGUGAAUAUAGGACAGCCAAGAGCUAUUUAUAAGCACUGGAGUACACCCUGUGGCGUGUUUGGAAAUACACUGUGUCUUCUGCCAAAAUGCAGACAUAUUCUAAGUAACCACAACAAUCUUUUUAUGAACAUAAUAGAGUUUUUAUUAUCCUGCGUUUCAAUUUUGGUGAAGUAAGAGACGCGAUAUGCUUCUCUGAGUAGGUCAAUAAGAUACAGGUUUCUUGUUACAGUACAGACUUAGCAUGGCAACUAUAGGAACAAAUAGAGGCUUCUAUAUAGGCACUGUAAAGCCUUCGAUAAUGGUUCCUAUUUUGUUUCAGUUAUUAUUAUAAAAUCAAACGAGUGACUUUAAGUCGACAAAUGGACUGAUGAAAAUACACAGAGCUAACCUCAGACACUAAACUACACUUUAAUUUUUUUCUUAAAAAAUUGCCAAAGUGUGCAAGUGUUAAUAUUUGAUAGACCUCUAUGAUCAACUUUUUUUUUUUUUAAUAAAACUAUUUGUUACUUUUGAUUAUUUCUCAAACAAAAUCUACCUUUACAUCUGUUUGGCCUUUUGGUGUUGCUUCAAUUUAUUUAUUAUUCUUUUAUGUGGAAAAAUAAUAAAUAAACUGUUUUAGAGGCCACUUCAUUGAAUCGUCUUUCACUGUGAGGUAAAGCUACAUUCGGCAUUCAAAUGACCUCAGUGUCUCUUGGUACAUGAUGUCAUGUCACCCCAUCUGUGACUCAUCCACAACACUCACCUGCUGCUCCCUGUCUGUUCUCUAUCUACUAAUACCCACUGGGUACAAUACAAUCCCAACAUACGCACACUCACACACACACACACACGCACGCAUGACAAACACUUUCAGAGCUGAAAAUGAACAAGUCUAAAUUUGAAAGGAUAUGAAGCUAGAGCUGCAGAGAAGACUGUGCACACCAUGCCAUUUUCACACCUAUCCCUCAACCCAACAUUCAAACAGAAUGUGAUUUUUCAACCUUUUCAAAGCAGCAAAUGGAAAAAAUCUGUAAUCUUUUACUUUAGGGAAAAUCACAGAGAAAAGCAGGUGCUAGAUGGAUGUAAAUAUACAUUAAAAUCCCACCCCAUUUUUUUUUUUUUACUACUUAAACUGUUCUCAGUGGUCUUUAAACUAUGAUUAUUAAGUUUUUAGCCAAAACCACGUUACCUGUGUCGUUUUCAAGGGCUUUUCUUCUGCGGAACUCCAGCAGAUCAUUAGCAAUUCGCCUCUGAGUCAUGGGCAGAGACAGCACUGCUUUGCACACUUGUCUUCACGUUAGCUUGUAGCCCAUAGCCUAACAUUGCUAGUGUGGUAGAAGUAGCAGGUAAUGUAGGAGCUAUUCAGCUCUCUGACACUAAUGUCUUUUGGGACACAAUAAAAGCUAAUAUCAUAAUUAGCUUUCUUACGAACAUUUCAAUCAGCUAACGCAGACGCUUGUUCCGCGAUCGUCCUCUCUAUUUCUCCGUGCCUGGCCUGCAUAGCGGGGCUCCAACGGCGGAGCUUGGAUUGGUUACGUAGGAAAUCUCCCUGCGUCAGAUCCUGCCCUUUGGGUCUGCCAGAGAUUCACAGCGAUUUCAAUGCAGAAAUACUCAGAAAUGCAACUUUGUACUUCUUUUUCUCAUGAUAUGUCCUCUCUUAUCAGAAGAAUGCCAUAUGAACAUGUAGACAACAAGAAAAAAAUGAAUUUCAUCUGAGUGGGUCUCUAAACUAAAAUUUAAUCUAAAAAUGAGGAGACAGGUGAUAUACCUCAACCACCACUCUUUCUAUGAUGUUACAGUGUUACUACAAUCUAUUUAUGAAUUGUUUUUCUAAAUAUUCACAGGCCCACAAACAGACGCCAACAUGUCGAGCAAGCGUGCCAAGGGAAAGACCACCAAGAAGCGCCCCCAGAGGGCAACCUCCAAUGUCUUCGCCAUGUUUGAUCAGUCUCAGAUCCAGGAGUUUAAAGAAGCGUUCAACAUGAUCGACCAGAACAGAGAUGGAUUCAUCGACAAGGAGGAUUUGCAUGACAUGCUGGCCUCUCUGGGUACAAAGGAACACUCUCAAUACACUUAGUCCUUUUUUGUUUUUAACAGUAUCAUGGACAGGGCAAAAUGUUUAACAGCAGAACUAGAGCAGCUUAUUUGCUUAAACGGGUUCAAAUCAGUCUAAGAAAAAAACAUCUAAUUUUGGUAUAGUAUACUGUAGGUAGUUUUGGUGCAAGACAGGUAGACACUGUCAGAGGUCAGGAUUAAGUUGUUCAAGAGACUCACUGUUUGGGGGGCGAAAAGUCAUAAUAUAUAAGCUUCAACUGUAAGUUUAUUUUUUCAUAUGUCUUUUCAAGUUUUUGGAAGUGCAAUUUUAAAUUGCAGAAGUGACCCUUGAAUUUCAUUUGUUUGCAAGUAAAUACACAGCUGAGUACAUGUAGAGGGAUAAAAGCGUGCCUCCCUGGUAUUGUGUCACCCCCCAAAAAACACAAAACCAAAUCAAAACAACAGAAAAAAAAGGAUUAUUUUUUUUUCUUUUUUUUUUCCUUUAGGUAAGAACCCCUCUGAUGAAUACCUGGAGGGGAUGAUGAGUGAAGCACCAGGACCCAUCAACUUCACCAUGUUCCUCACUAUGUUUGGAGAGAGGCUCAAUGGAACAGACCCAGAGGAUGUCAUCCGCAAUGCCUUUGCAUGUUUUGAUGAGGAGGGAUCUGGUGAGUCGGACUUAAAAUAAGCAUAAACAAACUGUACAAACUCACUGCACUUAUACUCACUUAAUCAACUUGGUGUCUUUUUUUGUUUCCAAGGUGUGAUCCAUGAGGACCACCUGAGAGAGCUCCUGACCACGAUGGGUGACCGCUUCACAGAUGAGGAGGUGGAUGAGCUGUUCAGAGAGGCGCCCAUCGACAAGAAAGGCAACUUCAACUAUGCAGAGUUCACCCGUAUCCUCAAACACGGCGCCAAAGACAAGGAUGACGAGUAGACGGAGAAUCCAGCUGCCUCAACCCCAGACACAAACUGCGACACAAAUGAGUCUCUGGCUCCUACCUUUACAGACCCUGUAGGCCUUACAGAAAUCAAACAGAAAUGUUUAUGCUCAAAUAUUUUUAUAAAAAAGGAAGAUUUUUUGAAAGCUGUUAACACAUAUUGCGUAGAUUUCAAUUAGUACUUGUUUUGUAAUGGUAGGAUCUUGAAAAUCACUUGGGCUGGUUGGACUUUUCAGAUGCAUCAAACAUGAUGUUUGUGUGUGUAAGCUGGGCUGUCUUUUUGAACUGCCUGAUUUUAUUCUGUGCCAGCAAUGUUUACCUCCUCUUGCAAAUUAUCCUUCACAACUGCAGAAGCACUGCAUUAGGUCUGCAUACUUGUUAUAUUUGUAGCCCUGUACAUCCAGAAAAUGAUUAAAAUCAAUCAUUCCGGUUGUUUUUAUAAAAAAUAUUAAUUAUGGGUCCUCCCACUUGGUAUUUUAAAGGCUUUCCUUUUACUGUCAGCUGGUAGUGUGAGUUUGAGUUUGUUGAAGGAUCAAGUAUGUCUGAAUAUGUACUGAAGGAAUUUAAGCUAAUAAAAGGAAUUUUUUUUCAUGCCAUUGACACCAAAAGAAAGUUAAUGUUUUACUUGGUUGUGUGUUUUUGUCACUGUCUCAUAACAGUUUCCUAUGCAGUGAUACAGAGUAGACUCUAUAGCUGAGAAAAUACAAAGAUUAAGUGCAUUAACCUAAAUAUAAUUACAGACAAAUAUGAUGCAAAUACAACAAACAGUGCUAAGAGUGCAUCUCUAAUUUCUCUAUCAUUUUAAAUUCACAAGACUUUUGGAAGACAUGUUAAAUGUGCCACAGACUGUUUUCUGUCCAGCUGUUUGUAUUGUAUAUGUGUGAGACAUUUUAGUGAUAAAAACAGACUUUGAUGGUUUUAGAUCAUUUCAACUGGGUAUUGAAUUAAAAACACUAUCAAGACAACAAAUCAGAUGUUUACAGUAUCUUAUUGCUGUUAGAGCAUGUUUUUAAAAAGCUUGGAGAGGGUCAAAAAAUCACUAAAUACAACUGCUAAAAAACCUGGAGUUUUACUCCUAAUUGAUCAUUUGCGAAAGAUUAGUAACAUGGGUAUAAUAAUAAGCAUUCUGGGGAGGCUGAAUCUCACUGAGGAUAGCAGAGAUUUACCACUUUGUGAAUGACUGCAAUAAUUCAACAAUCAAAACAACAGUACUCAGCAUAAGAUUAGAUAUAAGUGCAUAAUUUAUCAAAAGAUUCAAAGAUACCAGAGAAUUCUCUGUACAAAAAAAAAGUCUAAAAACCACUCCUUGGCCUUUGAAGACAAACAUGACUGUAGUGAAAAUCACUGCUUGGACAGUUUCUUCUGGCAUUCACAUUAAGCUCUACCAUGCAAAGAGGGAACCAUACAUAUAUAAUUUUAACACAAUCCUAAAACACGUAUAAUCUCAGAAUUUAAGCGUGAGCAAGCCUAAUUAAGACAUUUAUUUAGAAACCAGGAUGUUGUGUCCUCCCUUCUAAAGAGGGAACCCUUGGCUUGCCAUCAGGACACAGUUCCGAUCAGCUUUAAUUGUAGUUAGCGUUGUGUCACAUAUAGUGGACUUCAGAAAUUAAACUAAAAAAGCUGCUGUCCAGUCAGGGAAAUAACAGCUGAUAGGUUUACAUAAGAAAUUAUUAAAUAAUAAAUGCAUUUACUUUCCGUGACAUUUCCCUAGAAAUCAGCCUGCUAGUUUUUCAAUAUGAAUGAGAGCUUAAAAAUGACUAUGAAUGAAAACAUAUAACAGCCUCAUUUUAGUUUUAAGUUAAGUGUGGCCCUGUUAUGAAGUGCUCCAGUUAGCCAUUAUAAUGGAGCAGUUUUACUAGUUUGGACUAUACCAACUCCUUGUUGGACCAUUUAAAAAGGUCUUUUUUAAAAAACUUAUGUGUCCAAAUUUACUAGACAAACAGGUUCACAAGGACUUGAACUGUCAUGAAGAUGCUAUUAACUAUUGACUGAUUGUGCCUUUUAAAUCUGAUAAACCCUCAUAAUUCAAAUUUGUUUAAGCCACAAAAAGUGGAGGAGAAAAGGCGUUUAUGCAAAACUGAACUUUUAUUUUUUCGAAAUGUUUAUACAAAACACACAUUUAAAGUUUAAGGCAUAUAUUGCACAGACUAUUGAGAAGUUUUUAUAUAAAAAAAAGACAUUAUCCCUCAGUUGUGGGUAUAAGGCACAGCAGCCAGUCAUACUGCUAAUGGUCAUGAUUCACAACAUGAACUACAAAACAUUUGAAUGUAUUUGGCUGAAAAAGGAACUACACAGUUUGAGAUAAAGUUCAUGCCGAUACAAAUCAAAACAAAAACAAAAAAAAAUGACUGAAAAUAUUUAUAUACAUGGUCACAUUUUCUAAUCUGAUUGGAGCGACACUCAGCAUCUAAAAAUCACAUACAAACCUUGCAAUAAAAAAAGCCUAAUGUUAAGCCAGCCAUUACCAGUAUAAUAACCGUUUAAGGUGUUGUCACAGUGGCAUGAUGCAGUCUGACCAAUAAAAUAUUACUAUAAUACUCAGUAUUCUACAUGGGACUCAAGUCUGACAUGACCUGUGAAAAUUUGAGGUAUAAAUGUACAUCAGUUAAGUGAGUGAACCUGUGACGAGAGCACACACACAAAGAAAAACAAAAAACACUGAUCCACUGAUCCCCCUUGGCAGUGAGGAGCAAUGAAAAAAAGCUGUAUCACAAGAGUGAGCUCAAGUUUUUGUAUCUACCAUGAAAAAAUGUUAUUCUGGGAGAUUAGGUUGGUGCUCAAUUGUAAUCUGACCAAUCAGACUCUCUCCCUAUGUUGGCAAAUCAGCUAUUCAAACUCAGCUCAGCUAAUGAACACAGGUAAACAAGACUGUGAUAGAGACUCGUCUCACAAUUCUGCUACGGUUAUAUUCUGAUGGGACAUUUCCCACAUGAUGCUACUGUUAAAAAGACAUCCAGGUGGCAAGAGUAUGCUAAGACAGUUUCAUGGAAACUACAGCUCUGAGAAUGAUUUUAAGUCCUAAAGAAACCAUUUCCACAGGUGGACAGCAGGACUGAGGAACAGCUUAGUUUGAUGCUCUUGGACCUUCUUUAGAAAAAAAAGCUGACUAACACCAGCAGCUACAUCCUGCUUUACCAAGACACUGUAUGGAAAAACUCAUUCCUCCUCAUGUAAGACAUUCAGGUUUGAAACACACCUACAGAUACACCACCUCUCAACAGGGAAAUCAAAAUAACUUGUAUCCUUCCCUCCAGAUGGGGAUCAAACAAUUAAAGUGUUUUACAGCACAAAAGAUAGAAGGCGCCUUGACUCUCAGGGAGUGUAACGUUUCAGCUGAGGAGCUGUGAGAACAUGAAGCUGUUCAGGUCUCCACUGAAAUUGAUUUCUGAAACAGAUCCAAUGUCACCUCCUUUACUUCCUCCAAUAUCCACAACAAUCCUUUUAAAACACAGAUGAAUUUCUUUCCUUAAAAAAAACAAGACAAAAACAAUACGUUUGGCAGCAUGUGAAGAGUGCCUUUGAUGAUGAUUCAAAGUGAAUCCCCUUAGCUACCAAUACACAAGGAAGAGCAGAGUGAAUGUGUGUGUAGGAGGGGUGUUAAGACAUUCAGUCAGGCUUCAAUACAAUCGUUUCUUUUCUGUUUAUCUACAAGGAAAAAGGGAGGUGUUUUUGUGUUGUUGUGCAGAAGAACGGAAGGAGGGAAAAAUGUAUGAAAAAACAAAACUCUCUCUUUUUCCUUGGAGGGGCAUGAGUGACAAGCAGCCUAGCCAAUGACAUAAAAUGUCUUUUGUACAUUCAAAGUCCGGCACUGCUACUGAAGGGGCUAACUGCUGGUGCUGAAUUUACACCCACUGAUUUUUUCUUAUUUUACAAUUUCUGGAUAUUUUACAGCUCGUUUCUUUGAGUCAUGCGGAUAGAGAUGUGACAUUUCGUUUAAAAACUUUGAACACUCCUCAGUUUAGAGUCAAUGUCAUUGUACAAAGUGUCAUCAUGAGCAGGUUCCUCCAUAUCGAACACCAGUUCAUGAAAGAUAAAACAGGAAGUGUUGCGUCUCUUUUCUGGAGUUCAUGUGACUGAUGUUGGUUCUGCAGGCACAGACGUAAAGACAAAAGGAUGAAGAUACAUUCUCAUAUUUACAUUGAUGUCCAGCAAAAAGGAAUGUCAGGUCUCCCACCCAUAAACACGUAUAUAAAAAAACAAAAGUGUCCAGCUCCUAGUUCACGGUCUCACUCACUGUGUGCAAGCUGUGCUGAGGGCCCCACACUUUGCUCAAAGGGGCCUUUACCACCUGAAGAGAGCUGGGCUGUCUGGUCUCUGAGUGGACCAUGCUCCAAACACCGGGCACUAUUGCUGAAUUCCUCUGAGUGGUACUGCUGCUGCUGCUGCUACUGCUGGUGGUGGCGGUGCUGCUGGUGGCAGGGGCCAGAGGAUGGAGAGUUUUGUGAGAGGCCAGACCUAGAGGAGGAGUGACUGUUGGUGUUGGGGAGGAUACGGUAGUGGGAGCUUGUGCAGAGAAUAGGGCUGAGGUCUGAACUGGAGUUUGUGAUGAUGCCGGGGUUGGGACAGGUGAUGUAUAAGGAACGCUGACUGGGAUUAGAGGGGACUUGUGGAACGGCAGGUAAAGUGGGACUCCUCUUGGGGCUGAUGUUACAAGCUCCACACUUUGGAUUGAGGCCUGGUUUGGAGCUGUGACGGAGGGGGAACUUUGCUGUGCUGGGAGAAAGACUGUCGAUGGCACUGUGACUGGUGACGUUGCUGGUACUGAUGCACUUGCAGGACAUAUAAGAGGCAGUGGAGUUGGACUUGGGGUUGAAGUCGAGGGCGCAGUUUGGGAAAUAACUGGAGAAGUGGCUGGUUUCUGAGAACUAGGCUGUACUAAGACUGAGGCAGACACUGGCACUGGGAUUAGAAGAGGCUGGUUUGGACUGGAAGAUCUGGCAGAGUCCUUCUCCAAGGGGCUCCAAAUGAUUUUAUUCACAGGGAGCACAGAUUGCCUUGGUGCUGAAACUAAAACUGGAGCUGGCGCGGGCACAGAGGCUGCUAGCGAUAAGGGAACUGGAUCCUUUAUUAAAGUUACAGAUGUUGCUGGAGUAGCCAUCGCCUUCUCCAUCAGACUCUGCACCCUGGACGGAUCCAUGACCUGCUGGGUGUCCUCAGGAGGUGGAGUUGGUCCCAAGUCACUGCUGCAAGCCUCUACUGAUCCAGUCUUUGCAGGUUUGUUCUGAUUCUCCUGCUCCGCUGCCCUCUGUAAAGCUGCAUCCACCAGGAGCCUUAGGUCGCUGAAAUCCUGUGUGGGGAACAGCUCAGGCGGGGUCGGGGGAGGCGUGUUGAAGAGGCCGCUGGUGGGACUAGCUGCUGUUGUGGUGCUGGUAUGAGAUGCCUGCUGCUCCUCUGCUUCUCUCAGAAGACUCUGCGUGUCCAGCUUCAUUAGCGCCUGGACAGAACCAUCUUUUCCAGGAUAGCCUGCUCCUGUCAGGAUAGCUGUCGCCGUAUUCCCAAGGAGGCUGAGGUCCAAGGUGGGAGCAGAGCGGAUGACUGAAGGGCGCUGCUGAAUUGAGCUGGUGGGAGAGUUUCUUUCUGGAGAGCUGGCUCCACCUGCGUUGGGUGAGGGGCCUUCGUUUUUGCCGCCGACCUUUCGGGAGAUGGUGAAUUUGGUGGGAUCCUUGCCAUCCUUACGAAGCAGGUCUGGGAGGAGGCGCCGGCGUGCAUUGAUGAACCAGUUACAGAUCUGGGGAAAUAGCAGGAAUGACCAGCAUUAAAAGAACUGACUCAAAACUGCUAACAGGGAUGUUUUCUCUCAACAGAUUCAUAACUCAACCCUUGCACACCACACUCAAGCUUGAAAAAUGAUCCGCACUCUGUGAUUUAACAACCGCCUACACAAUCCCUUUAUCUACAUCUGAACAUGAGGCCCUUCUCACCCCCUCUGGUGGUUCCAGCCUCCCACACAGAGAAGAAACAGAAAAGGAGGGCGAGACAGACAGAGAUGAGAGCCCUCAGACAGCUGGCAAUAAUGAAGCUCUGAGCUCAAAUAUGCUGAGCCACUGAGAAGGCAGCCAGGAGCAUUCCAGAGAACUGAGCGCAGGACAAGAGGCUCUGCUGCCGCCUCAUGUUGAUCUGUGAUGCAUUCACUAACGCUGGAUGUUUGUGUGUUGUGAGGGAAAGAGGAAAUUCCUACUGCUGAUGCAAUGAGGUGAGAAGGGAAGGCUGGGAAAGUCCGAUUCUCGCUGCAGUUUAUUCAACAUUGUAAUGGUGCGAUCUGAUUCCUGUUUGCUUUGACAUUUUCUUAAAAAGGUAAUAUUACUCAAUAUACAAUAACUUUCAACCUGAAACUAUAUUUCUAUCUGCAGGUAACAGUCAAGGAUUUGCGCUUUAAACACUAGGAUGCACAAAGAUUUUACCUCCCUGCCCUAAGGUUUGCAUCAUAUAUAACAAGUAUAUCUUAUGUUUCAUGUAUUGAAGUGAAAACACAACAAGACCCAACUGUUUUAUUACUGCCACACAGCUUGAACAGUUCAGUCAUUAAUCUGACUUUUAAAAAAGGAAGAGGGUUAAUUUUGGCGUUACAGAUAACAACUCACUCAUGCAAAGGGUACACAUCAGCAGAGAAAUAAGGUGUGGUUUUGUCAACAGGGGGCGCCAAAAUCACCACAAACUGAAAGUUCCUCACAGGGGCUUUAGAGGUACUGAGCAUAAUGUUUCAUGCAAGUAUACAGUACUUUUUUAGGGCAGAAUAAUAAUUAGAUUAACUUUGAAAAUGAUAAAAGUUCAUUUUCAAUAAAAAGAGGUUUAUAUCUCAGAGGUUUAAGGCUUUGCUGCAUGAUGCAGUACAAAGUGAAAAGGUUUUAUAAUACGCAGGAAUGUUUAAAUUACAUAUAAUUAUCUGAAAGUACAAAAUGUUUGUCUUUUUUUUUGUACAAGCUCUCUAAAUUCACAAAAGAAAUUGUACUGGUUAUUUUGAUAGGGUAAGACGGCAAAUAAAGGAUCAUACUAAUGCAUCACAGCAGCUUCCUGUCCUCAAAGGCCAUCCUCACUUCAACAACAAAAUCCUAACUAAAUAUCUUUAUCUAUACAAUUUGUAUCUGUGAAGCCCCCCCAGUAUAACUUUUGGUGUGUGUUUGUUUUGGCACCCCCUCUGAGCAGCAUUUCUCUGUUGGUCUUUACCUGUGCUUAUGUCAGAAGUGUUUUUGUAAAAUAAAUUAUCCUAUUUAAUGCUUUGCAGUCAAGUCUAACGCUCAUCGAGCUUCUAUGCAGAAGUUAUUAAAAAGGGGGAAAUCAAACAAUCUACUUUACUUUUUAGAGAAAAGGUAUCACUUUUAAACCUCCUUUUUUCAAACCGGUAAAAAUGAUGCUGAUUUUUUAAUCGGGUUUAAUUUGUAAAGACAGUUAUUUAACCCCUAGCAGUAAAAAAAAUAUAACUCCUCUGCUUACCUGCAGUACAGAGAGGUUGGUCUGACCAGACAGACUCAGUUUCUCCUGCUCUGAUGGGUAGGCGUUGAAGCGGUGCUCAUACAGCCAGCUCCGCAGAAUCUGUACCGCCUCCUUGGGCAGGUUGCCGCGGCGACGGCGCUUUCCACAGAGUCCUCUCCCUGACAGGUCGAGGGGGGAGCCGUCAUCGCUGUCCGACACGGCCGAGGAGUGCUCCUGCUCUGGGCGAUGUUCUUCUUCCAGAGCUGAGGGAGAGCGGAGAAACGUCAGUCAAGCUCACUGUUUGUUACAAAAAGAUGUCACCGCGUCAAAUCCAUGAGUCACUCGCUUUGAGAAGGUGGUUCUCAGUUUGGUUUUCUGUUUUAUCUUUAUGUCAUCAAACAUGAAGUGUUAGGGGGAGAGAAGAGAGCUGUAAAUCUUGCUUUAAGGCUUUAAUCUUAUUGUCACCUCUGCGAAAAUGGCUUGUUUUACUUCACUUUCUGGCACAAAGUCCAAUUUAAUCUACUUCAUCACAAAUUCUGGAAACGUGUGCACCAAACAUUUAAGAAAGUCAGCUAUAAUUAAUCAUUUCCACUUACUUUUAACAUGCCUUUUUCUGAACCAAUUCAAAUUUAGAUCCAAGGGUCUUACUCUCUCUCUCUCUUUUUCAACAACACCCCUCAACUGUGUUUGAACUCAGUUGUGGUUCUUUUUUUAUGUCAUUUACUGGUUGGCCACUGGAGAGAAUCUCCCCUCAAAAUGGAGCAUGCCUGAUCCCAGGGGUGGGCUGCAGAAUGCAGUAAAUGUCUUUCUCUGGGGCUGGGUGAAACCUGACCCCCGGGGCAGCGCCUGUCUUCACAAAGAAGAUUGUGUGCAUAUCAGCAUCACAGUAGCCAGUGGCCCAGGAGCCUAUUGACCAUGCAAAGGAGGCUGUUUUCACCUCAUGCCAUUUGGGCUCAAGACUGCUGCAGCAGUUGACAAAUCUUUUGAAUCCUGCAUUCCUGAACAAGGAGGGAAGUCUUUAAGACAGUGAGGAGAGAGGGAAAGGAAUUAAAACAUGCUAAUUCAGACCCCAAUGUCUGCAAAAAUGACCUCUGCCACAUUAAUCUUCACAAUCAACAGAAAUAUUGAUCAAUCAGAUGAUUGUGGAUCUUUGCCACGAUAAGCUCUUAAACUUAGACAGUGCAAAUGAAAUUACUACGUUUGAGUUUUUGUUAUGAUAUUAAGCGAAGUAAUUAGCAAACGUAUCAGUCUAUCCCAGGAGCUGUUGCAAUGAAUUGAAAUACCCUGUUUUGAUCUUGUAUAACCCCACUGAAACACCCCUGCAAGUCUUUGUUGUGGAUUUAAGUGAUCAAAACCCAUUUAUAUGUUAAUCUACUCCAAGUAUGUAACAUUUCAUCGCCAGUUAAGUUGUGUUUUGUCUGCAAAAUGUGCUUAAAAGUCUAGACUCAUUCACAAGACAUACCAAAAGCUUUCUUGAGUCAGAGAGAGACAUGGUGUAGCUCACAACAAAGUUUAGUUUCUCACAGCUCUGUGCAACAUCAUUUGAUAGACGUUUAAAGGGUUCGCCAUAAAGUAUCAACACCCAUUCAAUGUGGAAGUGAUUUAGAACAAGCCAAGACACAUUUCACGCAGAUGUUAGCUUUGUACAGUACGUCAAUCCUGCUGCAUGCAGCAUUUCACAGGGAGGCAACUUUUUUUUGUUUGUUUACACGUUGUUCUCUAAUCAAAAAGGAAAAUCUGUGCAUUGGGAGAGUUAUUCUCAUACAAUAAUGUCAUGUAAGCAAAAUGGUCAAGGGAUAAGAGUUGAAAUGUUGAACUAACUUUUCACAAGACUCAGUCAGAAGCAGUCAAAUAUCAACUUACGACCAUAUCACUUUGUCAAAAUCAUUACCUCACACUUACAGGCUAAUGAUGCACGAUUGAUAAAACACAGCACUGAGUCAAAUGUGACGGUAAAACGUGACAAGCCGAGGAGCUGCUCGGUAAAUUAGCCAUCUGGAGGCGCACAAAGGAGGCGAGCAGAAAAGCACACAGCCUCCCUCCCGCAUGUCACUCCGCCAGAUGGACACCAUGCCUGCCUCCACAGAUAACUAGCUGGCUAGCUGUCCCUCCAAAUUCAAACACAAACACACGCCGCAUUUGCUCGCAACAAAAAGCCCGCAUACCAGGCAAAACCAACAGAGAAGACACGGCGUGGAGGUAGACGAACACUCAGCGAGUUUUAUCCUUGCGCAGCAGUGUUAAAAAGCACCUCACCUCGUUUGAAUGCUUUCAUUCUUUGUUGAUGGCUUGCUUGAAAACACGCAGCUGUCCAAGUUGCUUGCUGUACAAAGCGUGCCCGGGGAGCCUGAACGAUGGUUGACACAACGCCACUUUCUUCCAAGCAGCAGCAGAAGGUGUUGCGCUUUUUUUUGCUCCCGAGUUAAACACGUCGCUUGUGAGGUUCAGUGGUGAGAUAGCGUUUCACCUGGCGGACUGUUUCCAUUUCCCUCCUCGCUUUCUGCCAGGAUAAAUGUUUCUGUUUUUUUUGUGUGUCGCUUGUUCCUUUUUUUUACCUGCACACAGCAGCGCCAGCUCUUUGCCAAUCUUGACAGUCGCAGCUGAAAAGAUCCCGCCUCAUCAACAGCUGUCAGCCAAUCACAAUCCUUUAUGGAGCCCUCUUUGCGUCCGUUAGCCAAUCAGAGCGCCUCCCGAGACAGCAGACGGGCUCCGCGUCUCGGUGACUGACGGGAGAACAAUUUCAUUCAAAGAACAUCGCAGUCAUUCAAACAGUGUUAUUUUCUCGACACGGCUGAAACCCCACUCGGUUACAAGAACCAAAGAUUGUUUAAAUAAAGCAAAAAUAGCAACAUAGUAAUCUUGUAACCAUGGUGGCUAUUUUUUUUUAUCCCAGUGUGAGAAAGACAGCUACACAGUGUGGUGGGCCUUAUGUAACGUUGAGCAAAAUGUUCUGGUUACAUAAAUCAUGAACGCCGUAGACGUCGACUGGUGACCACAUCUGUACAGUAAAAAUAUGAAAAAACAAGUUAUUUUUCGCCUUCUAUCUAGUGAGGCUUUUUGAAUUUCCUCUCUGGUAUUAAUAAAGUAUCUAUCUAUCUAUCUAUCUAUCUAUCUAUCUAUACUAAAAAAAAAAUACUAACCUAACUAAUACUAAUACUAACCUAGCCCUAACCUUUUAUUGCCUUUUGUAUUAUAUUUGAUGCAGACUCUUAUAAUACUUCUAUCAAAUCAAUAUGAUCAAUAAAUUACAAAAAAAAAAAAAGAAAAAAAAUUAACACAGUGUGAUAAUUGAUAAAAAUGUCCUCUUGUGGUUUAUCGGUUUCCAAAAACAUCUGCUGUAUCAAAUGAGAUAAAUAAAUAUAUUUGGUAAAUAUUAAGGACAUUUUGAUUUUUGGGGGUUAUAGUAGUAAGCGAAAUAAACAUUUCAGCUCCAAAUACUUGGCCAUAAUUUGUGGUUUCAGGCAUUAUUGGACUAAUAUCAAAGAGUCCCCCAUAGUGAAAUGAACAUGUAAAAUCUAUUACAUGUGUUAUGAAGCAAAAACAGAGUGACAUCUAGAUAUGAAAGUCUCCUAUCCUGUUUAGUCAACAAACAACUUGUAGACAAUUAAUUAAAGGCCAUGUUGACUUUUUUGAGAAAGUAUCAUGUGCAUUUUAUUGAGUAUUUCUUUCCUUGUUAUACAUUUGGACAACCUCGAAAUUGUAUAAAUAGAUCUACAGCAUUGAAAAAGAUGAUGAAUUUCAGUCUGUUUCUUUUCUAUUUACAGAGGACGACUAAAGAAGCACAUAAGGGAAAAAGCAGUUAGUUAAAUCUCAAUAUCAAAUGACCCUUUGACUCAGUAUUGCACAUAAGGUUUAAAUGUAUCAAGGAUCUCUGCAAAUUUCAAAGUAUGGCAACUGUGCCCAGCCACUCACAACUUUAGAUUGAAAGGGAAAAAAUAUAUAUUAAACUCCAAACUCCCACAUACACACGUAAACACGUGCAAAGAGAGAAAGAGAGAGAGAAAGCGAAGAAAGAGAGAGAGAGAAACACAGGCACACACCACUCAGAGCUUAUUGUGUUAAAUAUAUACUCUAUCCUUUUGAAUAUGUGCUCCAUCAACAAAAAUAUACACUUUAUCUCAUAUCUCUGUUGGGAAGCGCUCUCCCUCACCCCUAACCCAAACAAAGCAGAGGUGGUAAUGAGCUUGUUGCUUUGCCAGCAUGCAGGACUUCAGACCACAGUAAUGGAGUUGAUCACUGUUAUCUCAGCAGAGGAAACUCAUUUCCAUGGAUCAAACUGUUUGCCUUUAUGCUUCAGGUUAAUGUCAGAUUAAAGAAGAAAACAUAAAAAGUAAUUUCUAAACAGAUGCUUCACUUCAAAGACAGUGUGGUCAGGACAUGAAUGGUUCACAGGAGUUGAAACAACUUUGACCUUAAACAUUUAAAAAGAGAUUUAAAGACAUUUUAAAUUUUGUGGCUUAGACUACAAUUCAAAUUUUUGAACCAACCGUAUAGUUUGUGGUGUCAGAAUGAGGCACAUUAAAGAGCAGCCUAUAGGGACGCUGAAAAACCAGUUCUUAAAUGUAGAUAUAUGGAAAACAGACCACUGCCCAAGCAAUCAAUGAUGGUUUGACUAGAAAGGCCAAUUCUAUCAAACCAUUAUCACCCUGGCAUCAAUGGCUUCACAGACACAAAGCCCCCCACUGUGCAGCUGUUAGGGUCAUGGAUAACCCUACCCAGGAAAUAGUUUGAGGUGUGUCCUAGUGAUAUCUGUGUAUUGGAAAAAAAAGUCUUGGCUGGAUGUAUUACAUGAGAUUAGUUUUCCCUAUUUUAGUUUGUCUGUGACAUGUCUAUGAGUGUGGUAAACAGCCAGGUUUUAGUGAGCAGGAAAUGCACCACAAAUAAGUACAUGGUGGUUAAAUAGAAGAGCUACUUUUGUCUCUGUUGCUCCCUGUUUUCCUUUGAGUAAUUCAUAUGGCACAGUAUUUGGUGUGAAUUCAAAUCAGAUGAGGAGAAAAUGUGAUGAAAUUGGCUCAAAUAUUAAAAAGCUUGUUGCAGUAAAGGACAUUCUAUUUCUAUUUUUUCUUUUUUUUUUGGAGUUAACCACUUUUUUUAAUCAUCAGUAAAGAGAUCAUCUAAAGUGUGUCCAUAACACACUCAUCACCACACAUAACCUUAAACAUUUUUGGGGGGCACAUUGGCCUAUUUUUCAUCAAAACUUUUUAGUUUUUUUUUUAUGGGCAGUCAGAGAUCAAAUCAAACUAACGACUGUGUUUGAGUCACACAAAUGGCUGUCAGGUGCUAACAAUUCUACCCACACCGAUUGAAUGGAGCAGGGGCAUUGACAGCCACCACAGAACAGCCUUUUGACAUCCUGAGCUAUAUUCCUUGCUGAGUUGUUCCCAAUCAGGCAAUCACAACAGUCAUACAAAGGGGCAAGCUCCUGCUAAGGCAGGGGGAGAAUGGUGGUCUUCAAGCUUUUCCAAUGGAAGACCCUAAAGCUGCACUUUAGAGGUCACAGGAGGAGAGAGUGAGACACUGCUGUAGCUAAAGUAAGGCAGUGAUACUGUUUUACAUAAUUAAUUAGGGAGGGGAGGUUGGGGGUUGUUUGCUUUUCAUUUAGAAGAAACUCAGUGUGAGUGGAAAACAAGGUACAGGACUGGGGUUAAUGUAAUAAUGUCAGGGGUUGGUAGGUGAGUUCUUUCAGAGGUAAAUAACGAUUUUUUUGAGGCCUGGUGUCAUACGUCUUUGUCUGAGGUGUUUGUGUUUGGUGGAACAAAGGUGUCUGUAAAUAUGUGUAAUCCCCACAAUGUGCCCCUUUGAUGCAAAACAGGGCAGGGCUGACGGCUAAAAUCACUUUCUAUUGUGUGUGUAUAGAGUUAUUAGAUGAGGUGUUGCUUGGAAUCUCGCCUCUCUCGCCCUCUAGUGGACAGAAAAUAAACUUUAUAGAAUAGGGGCUUCUAGUCUGAGAAGCUGAGAGGCCAUUGUUGUGAUGAGGAGGAGUUGUGAUCAAUCUAUCAGGCGUCUGCUUAUAAAAAUGUUAAACCCCGUAUACAAACAGUGCUGUGGCUACACUUGUCGUUUUUCACAGUAAUGAGUCCCCUGCUGCUGCUGCUGUUUGAAUCCAUGAGAUGAAUCUGAAACAGUGAAUUCAUCUUUGGCAUGUGAAGUCUAAAGAAAAAGGUUGAACACAUGAUGAAAACACGAUGACUAAUGUAUGAGAUGCUUUUCAUUAAACAUUUCUUUUUAUUUGAAUAAAAAAGUGCAGGUACUUUGGGUGAUGUUCAAUAAGAGAGACCAGGAAUUGGUAACAAAAAAAAAUUAAGAUUGAUUUUGUUGUUGUUUUUUAAUGACAGUAUAAAAAUGACAUGUCAUAUGUGUGUCGCACAUUAACACACUGCUAUCCUGCUCAUUCAGUCUGAUUCAUAUCUUCAAUAAAAGCCCUAGAUUCAGAUGAAAUGUUUAAGUUGGAUGGUAAGUGAGGUUCAUAAAAGCACUUAAAGAAGCGUUAAAGAGACAGAUGGAUCAAAGAAAGAGCCUGGCUGAAAUAACCACAGAUCUGCAGUUACAGCACAAAUACGGAAAAUGUGCUCAUUCGAAACCAUCUACAAACUUUCUCUCUCCUGUGUUUAAAAAUCUUUGACACAACUACACUCUGUAGGACACACACAUUAGAGUUAACUGCUAGGAUCUCUAUAAAUACACCUUUAAAUCUGGCUUUCAUAAAAAUAUUCAUAAUAAGCGGAUCUAAACUGAUUCUUUUUACAAAACUAAAGAUGGACAGAGUUGAGAAAUUAAUAUGAGGAAGACGUACAUAAGUUUCGGUCUGUGGUAAGCUUAGUAUGUGUAGGAGUGCUGUGGGUGUGCUGUGUGUGCAGUGUGUUUGAUGGCCACAAGGUGGUGUUGUGGAAAGCUACAAGAUGGCCAAUGAUCUGGGAAGAGAAGAGGACAACAGGGUGCAGAAGAGCCUUAAUAUUUGCCUUCUGUCUUCUUAAUACAUCUUAUAGCCAAGAUAGAGGAGUAUUUAAAACAGUCUUCAUAUAGAUUCUUCUGGAUAUAAUCAUCAUAGUAACAAUAACUUCUGUAACAAUUUUAUGAUAUCAAGAGUAGGAACAAGAAAUGACAGUUCUUCAGGUGAGGUUUUCAAUGGCAGCCUCGAAUGAGGAGUCUCCUGCUUCAUGGCCUGUUGAGUCCAAGAGAAGUUCUGAUUUCAUUUUCUGUUUUGUCUAAUAAUUGUUUGAUUCCAUCAGGACCAGCCUAUCACUGUAAGAGUGUGUCAAAAAUGCCCAAACCUCCCCCCCAAGCCCAUAUCUCCAGGAGUUUGAUCUCUCCUCCCCCACCACUGUUCCUCUUUUCUCAGAGAAGCUCAUUUGCAAUAUAAAAGUUUCUCUUUCCUCCAAGUAUUUCAGUAACACUUAUCUGUCCUCUGAUCCAACCCUACAUCCUUCCCCCACCACCAUCAUCACCACUGUCCCUCUCAGAGGCGAGUCUGUGCCUCAGGGACGUAUAUUUCGAUACUGUCUGCGCUUUCUGUGGCGGAGUUCUGGCGAAACGAGGCGGCCUUUUUGGCAGCCAGCAGACGCUUGCGAGCCUCUUGUCUCUGCUUCUCUGCUGAGGCCGAAGAAGAGGUGGAUGAAGAGUCUGCGCUCUUCUCGCGGCUCAGCAGUGGUCGUCCCUUACCGGGCUUCUUUGUUGCUGGAGGGUCCGCCUUCUCCUCGUCCUGGAGUGAAAUGUGGCAGACGGCAGGGGAGACAGUAGAGUGCAGAGGGAGAAGAGACAUAUGACACAGUGAGAUAAUGUAAUACACAAACUGGGAUCAAAAGGCUUCAUUUCAAGCAGGUUUGGCAGACAGGACUUUGACAGACAGAGACAGUAUGCCAGUGCUGAGUUCUUUCAUUUGUCUAAGUGUAGCUGUUUCAGGUGUUAAACAGAGAACACAGAUCAACAAAUCAUAAAAAUAGGCAAACAUUAGGAAAAACAGUCAUUUGCACGACAUUCUCAGACAUGAAAUGGUUAUAUGAAUUAAUGGCUACGCUGGAUCAAACUUAAAGCACAAUCAUUUAUCACGGGAAACAAGGCCAAAGCAGUUGCACUCAGAGCAACAUGACGCAAGAGCAUCUCUGCAACAGCAGUUAAAGGGUCACUAUAUGUACAACACACAGACACAGAGAUACACCACAGGACAAAAAGACAGACACACACUGAAGCUGAGACAUCUCGACAGAAGCAGCAACAGCAAGACUGCAUCAGGAACCCUGAGCCGGUGCAUGUUAGCCAUGCCCCACUGCAACACACUCACAGUAAGUGACACAUGCAUGCUCAAAGCAGGGCUUUACACCUAAAAACACACAAACAAGAACCCUCUUUGAGAUAAAAGUUCUCCAUGCAUGCCUAAAGGGAUCUCUCCAACCCCUUUGUAUUGGACAGAGAGGCCCUGUUAGAGUCCAUCCCACGCAGGGACAGGGGGAGUUGAAAAAAAGGGGAGGUAAAAAAGAGUGGGAGAAAUGGUGGUGGUGGUGGGAGGAGAGAGGCCGGUUUCGGCGGCUUUCCUACCCCAGCCAGGGCACUGGGCAGCAGGGGUGGGAAGUACCUUCCGCUCAGGGGGCGACUGGGCAGCCGCAGACUGUAUGGGCUGCCAGUCAUUAGACUUGAGGUGGUAGAGCUCGUCAAACUUGAGGCUGAUGUCCUCGAUGGAGAGCUGCAGCAGGUCCCAGAAACCAGCCAGGUCCUGGUCUGUGGGCCGGGGGUUGGCGUUCACAUUCUGAACAGAAGAAUAAGAGAAAAGUUAAAGAGCAGUCAGUAAAGGAUCAGGAGAUUGUAUUCGCAGUUUAGUCUUAUCAAAAUAAGGAAAUAAACUCUCUUACUUGGACUCCGCAUACAGAGAUGGACCAGUUACACAGUUCAACAAAUUCUUAUCAAAUACACAAGCCUGUCCUGUGUUUGUGUGUCACAUAUUUCAUUUGCCUACCACUGCCAUUUAAAUGAGAAUAAAUGUUGUACUAAUGUUACCACAGCACGGUGUAUGUUGAUCUCACAAAUGAUGUUAGGAUCUUCCAAAAAAUGCUUCCCCAUUGUUCCUGAUUGUUUUGUGCUACUCUUUUUAAGUGGUGGCAUUUGUAUAACAGCACUGCAGUACUGACGAUUACAGGGAGCAGUCUAUGCCUUUAUAAGGUAGCUCAGAGAGGAGAGAUGACAGUAAACACGCAGAAGCAGACUAGGAAUGGUAUUCUACAUUUCCUGGCCAAUCUGACAACAGAGAUUUUGCAGCCUAUGUUCAGACACUCAGCUGUAGACGCUGGGAUGCCGUCACAAAGAAAUUCAGUGUUAUAUAAUGACAUUAUGACCAUGCCACACCUCUUUACCAAAUGACCACAUACUGUGCUCUGACCAGUCCUGCUCUCUUUGAUUUCACCAUUAGAGGGAGCCAUUUAACAACUAAAUUCUUUGGUCCCACUGUACUACAGUCCACAAAAAAGAUCUCAACAGAAUUGUAUCCUUUAAGUAACUGUUGGCAUAUUACUAAUUAAGGAAUUAGCACUGUAUUAUAGGCAUGUUAAGUAAGCCUGUCUGUUGUGUCAGAGCAAUAAAAAAAAAAAAAAAAAAAAACGCUGUGAAAAGAUUUUUACAAAAUCAACAUGCAGUAAUGCUUUUAUUCAGGACUCGGUGUCCCAAGAAGAUUAAAAGUUUCAACAGACUAAACCCUUUAAAACUGCCUCGUCUGUGUGCAUUGUUUGCUCAAAGUCUGCACAGAUUGUCAGGCAGAUAGAAAGUAAAUCCGAUUGUGACAAUUUUUUAUGAGAGUAAUGCUAGAGACUGGCUGGCUUUUGUUAGUACUGGCUUCUUUAUUUGGUUUUUAUUCACACAGCUGUAUCCCCAAUUUAGAGUUCAAACCUUUGGGCAAAUGUGUUGUUUGAUGCUUAGUUGAAUAGCUCGGAUGUUAUGACGGCAUUUAAAAAAGGUUGAACAGGAGAAUAUUUCGGUAUUGUUAUUUUCUCUGCUGAAUGCGCUUAUGUUGUGUUCUUACGUGAGUAUCUUUCUGCCUGCACACUUUGUCCUCAUUUUGGUAACCUCUCAAGACAAUUCACAUACUAAAGGUCAGGUAAAGGUAAGGGAGCACAUUACUCCAAUCCUGGCCUCCCUCCACUGGUUACCUGUGCAUUUUAGAGUUCAUUUUAAGAUUCUUUUAUUUGUUUUUAAAUCUUUAAAUGGUGUGGCUCCAUCUUACCUAUCUGAGCUUCUCCACCCCUACACCCCUGCUCGGUGCCUCAGGUCAGCUGAUCAGCUGCUCCUGGAGGUACCGAGGUCCAAACUGAAGCUCAGAGGGGAUAGAUCUUUUUCUGUUGUGGCCCCAAAAUUAUGGAAUGAGCUACCCCUCCAAAUCAGACAAGCCCCCACACUGUCCAUUUUUAAAACUCGUCUUAAAACCCUUUUUUAUUCAUUAGCUUUUAACCCUGCAUGAGACUCAGCUCCUGUUUUAGUGUUUUAUGGUUUGUUUUUAGUUAUUUGUUUCUACUGUUUUUAAAUUAGUUUUUAAAAACAUUGAAACUAUAUUUUACUUUUUAAUAUCUGUUUUUAUUUUAUCCCUUGUUUUAAUUGUUUUUUUUUUUAAAUAGUUUUUUAUGUCUGUGUUGUUUUGUCUAUUUAUGUUCAGCACUUCGUUCAGCUGUGGUUGUUUUAAAGUGCUUUACAAAUAAAGUUGAGUUGAGUUGAGUUUAAGUCUCUCCCUAGCUCAAUGGUAAAGGUAUCAUCAAUAACAAGAUAUUAUAAUCAGCUGUACUUCUACAUGUUGCAAGUCCUGGCAUGUCACAGUAAAAGUUUUUGGACUUCUCAGCAUUAAAAUCUUUUGUCUGGCUAAAAUGGCAAAGAAGUUCUUAAUUAAUCCGUCAUGUUUUUCCCUCCAUGUGAUCUGGUGGUAGUUACACAAUUUGCACAAAGCCAGUUCCAGCGAAACAAGUCACCUGAGAGGAAUGGCUUGUUGGCUUAUUAUAAGCUCAUUGUAUUUUGGACUGGUGGGCCACCAGGACUUUGUCUUUGUAGAAGCGGAGAGGCUGUUCAAAUACUAGACAGUGGCCUUUUGUGGGAAGGAUUUUCUGUUCAUUGGUGCAAGCUACUCUGUGAGAAGAGAAAUAAGGCUAAAUUUAACGCUAGCUUUAGUCAGUCCUACAAAACAUGGGUUUGGGAACCUGGGUGCUGGUCUUGUAGAGUUGAAGCAUUAAAAAAAGGAUUUAUACACACCAAGUUCUGAUCACACAGUCCCCGGAACUGCUUGAACUUCUUGGAUAUUAGGAGCUGGGCACUUCCUACUGCACUGCGAACCUUUCCCAGCACUGAAGAGAGAACAAAAAUCCCGAUACAUGAACAUUUGAGAAAAUAAUGUAAAGACAGAGUAUUAUUUCUGCUCUAUUUAAACAGCAUGCUGUGUACACAAAGGCACAGAAACAGUCUCAGAUUCACUAAAUUAUACUAGCUUUACUGUUGAUGGAGGCAAACUAGAAGCUUACUGCAGGUGUCCUCACAUUUUAAAAUGCAACGCCAAACCAUCUCAUCAGGAAUGAGGGGGAUUACAGAAAAUUGGACGAUAUUAUCCUCUUGAGAGGAAUCUGAGCUUAUAUAGAUACUAUAUUCCUUUUCCUGUGAGUGGUGACUGAGCCCUAGCUAAACUGGGACAGACAUCUGCCCUGACAAAAAAAACUGGGACUCCUAUCUGAUCACUGGAUUGAAAAAUUAUCAAAUUAAACAUGAUUAUGGUGUAUAGUGAUCCAGCUCUGGAGUACAGAACUGCAUUGGAUUUGAUGCUGACUAUUUCAUUGCACAAGCUCUCUCUGGCUCUCUCUUUUAAACACACACACACACACACACACACGCACGCACGCACGCACGCACGCACGCAACCUUUUAAAGGACGCGCGACCUUUUAAAGGAACUGAGCAUCUAAAGCAUGCCCAGUGUUUGUUUGUUUGAGUGUACAUUUGUGUGUGUGUGUGUGGGUUUGUGUGUGUGUGUGUUCACUGCUGCUGUUUAAGCACUAAUCUAAUCUGGAGGUUUAAUCAGUUGCAGAGUAGAUUUGUGUAAUUCUGGGGAUUACAGGCCUACUUGUGUGUGGUAACCCCAGGUAUUACCGCCUCAUUCCCUCCAUGCUGUGUGUGUCUGAUAGAGUGAUUGUACAGACUCAGGCACAACUUUACAACAGAGCUCACUUGUAGUGUUUGCGCCUUAGACAGGAACAGAGUAACCUUUGAAAGAGGCUCAAUAUGCAGGGCUCAGACAGAGGACCCACACGGGAUUGAAUCUGGCUGUGCUUUGACUCUAGUUUGGUCUUUAUGUGCCAUAUCUGACUCAAAUACCCACAUUUAGCUUGAAUAUGAUAUUUGUUAUAUUCAGUGAUGCCACUCACGUGUUACUUAGUACAGCACUACUCCAAUAAGUCCACUUUUUUCAGUAACAAAUAAUCUAACGCGUUGCUAUUUCCAAACGAGAAUUAGAUUUAAGUUUCAUGUCCAAGUCACUGUGUGCGUUUUUUUUCUCAUUUUACUUAAAAAAAUAAGAUUGAUUUGUUUUCAUCUGGGAGGAGUGACGUCAGUCACAUAGGCGACAAGUCAUGUUUUUAGCAUGAGGAACACUCGCAUGUAAUACCCCACUGAGCAAUAGACGGCUAUUAGACAUAAAGAAAUUUUCAGACCUAAUUUCAACCGUCUUGAUUCUGUAUAUUUUUAGACGGAUUUUAGAUGUUGAACUUUAACCCAUUAUUCGAUAACUGUUUAUUUCAAAAAGCAACUGUGAGUUGCAUAACUGAUCUCCAAGUACUUAACAAAAAUAAUUAUGAUAGCCGUUGAGCAAUAUACAGUGUAGUAUAGAUAUAGCCCAGAUUUAGACUUGGUCUACAUUCAGAUGUCUAAAAAACUGUCACUUUUAGACCUGUGGUAGUCUGAUUUUAGACCAGUCGUCUAGGCUACAUUUAGACGUCUAUUAGACCUCUUUUAGACCAAAAAACGCUCAGUGGGACAUGUGCAAACACAUAAAGAAGCCAUGGCAAAAUGAACAUAAACAACAAUGGAGGGAGGAGAGGGGUGCCUGUUUUCAAGUUUUCAAGAAAGACUGUCUAAAACAUGUAUUUUUUGAUAUUCCUGUUAAAAUUACACUUCCAAUAAAGUGAGUGUUGGAAAGAAAAUGGUUGUCAUUUAUAUGUUGAGGCUGUUGAAUGUAACUUAAAAAGUAACUUUUAAUGUAACUUAGUAACUUUUAAAAUCAAGUAAACAGUAAAGUAACUAAGUUACUUUUAUAAGAAGUUAUCUGUAAUCAGCAAUCAAUUCACCUUGUAAAAGUAACAGCAGCAACGCUGGUUAUGUUUCAUGGAGAGAAACCUUCUACGGGUGAGUUGGAAAAAUCUGUGGUGCUGUAUUUAUAGUGAGAUAAUUCACCAGAGAAGCCAGAAGUUGUCGGAAGUACCGUAUUUUUCGCACUAUAAGGCGCACUUAAAAUCCUUUUGGCUUGUUGGAGCACUGCAGCUACCGUAGCCUCGUGGAGUUAUUGAAUGAUUUAAAUAAAGUUCGACUUUUCCGACUUUUUUGUUUGGCUUAAUGCGCGUUAUAAUCCGGUGCGCUUUAUGUAUGAAAACAGACACAAAUAAUCGCAUUCAUUGAUGGUGCGCCUUAUAAUCAGGUGCGCUUUAUAGUGCGAAAAAUACGAUAUACUGGUUCCCUUACCCUCCUCAGAGAGCUGGUUGUCUUUGGUUUCUUGCUCCAUCUGCUGACACCAGCCCUCCAUGCGUCCUGUCUCGGCCUGCAGCAGCUUCAGGAACCAGUGUCCGUCUCUCCGGCACAGAGUCCCCCCUCCUCCGCUCUGGGGGGCACUGCUGUUACUACCAUUACCACUCUCCAGCCAGGGGUCUGGAGGUGGCAGAGACGAGGGGUCCAGUGCGGGGUCUAAGCUUUCAGAGAAAGAGGAAGAGCUACUUCGUGUGGUGGAGCGGUUGAGGAUCUGCCUGGGGAGUGGAGGUGAGGAGGUGUCACCAGUCGUGUCACCAUUGUCUAAAGAGUCCUGUCCAGGAGGGGAGCUCAUUGAUUGGCUGCCACUGUUGACCAUGACUUUCUUCUCAGGGUGUUUGGUGUUAUUGAUAUGGGUGAUGAUGGGGAUGUCCUGUGUGUCUGAGUCUGUCUCUUGUUUUGAGGCCAUGCUGCUGGAGCGACUGUUCCUGAAAUAAAGGGGGAUAAGACUGUUACAAGAAUCGACCUCAAAUACAUCAAGACCUCUUGGUUUUUGCAGUUUAUUUUGGUAUCUGACUUGUGUUGAGCAGUGUAAAACGUAGACAAAACAAAACUUCCAUAAGAACUUAAACUUUUUAAUGAUCAUGUCAAAUCUUCUCCUUUCGAGGAUCUAUAUAAUCUAAAAUACUACAUCUACUGUAUAUGUAGUCUGUUAAAUUUACUGUGGCAUUGCUUCUACUGCUUCUAGUUUUACUGACAUUAAACCAGUCUAGGGCUGCCUGAAGCUCAACUCUGCACCCCAUUUUCUACAUGAGUGACAGAAAUGCUGCCUCCACAAUCAUCUGGAUGUGGACAAAUUUGAGUAGGACAGCAUACGAAGACUCAAAAUGCUAAACAAGAGCAAACUUUUGUGAACGGCUUUGAAUUACGCCCUGAGACAAAACUGAAAGUGGUGGCGAAUGACUCUUGGUGCUAUUAGAACUGACAAUGCAUUGUUAGUGGAUUCGCCACUGUGUGUUUGACUUAGAAAAGCGACUGAUCAGAGAGCUGGCUUCCCACUGAGCAAUAGACGGCUAUUAGAUGUCUAGUUUUUUUUUUUAGACCGAAUUUCAACCGUUUAGACUCUGCACUUUAUUCGAUAACUAUUUAUUUCAAAAAGCAACUGUGAGUUGCAUAACUGAUCUCCAAGUUCUUAACCAAAAUAAUCAUGAUAGCAGUUGAGCAAUAUACAGUUAGACCUCCAUUAGCAGACUAGUCUAAACUUGGUCUAAAAAAUUGACAUCUAAAAAACCUUCGCUUUUAGAGCUGUGGUAGCCUGAUUAUAGACCAGUAGUCUAGGCUACAUUUAGAUGUCUGUUAGACCUCUUUUAGACAAAAAAUACUCAGUGGGUAAAUACAUGUGACAACAGGGCACUCAUUCUGGCCCCAUCACUUAUCACUGUGAGUCUGAUCUUCUAUUUUUAUACGGAAAAUGGAAGAAAAGGCUAAAACUGGACAUUGUCUGAUUCUACAUUUUUCCAUUUCCUGUUUUCAGGAAAUGCUGCUGUGUGGAUAAUAAAAAAAAAAACUAGAUUUGCUUAACUGACUAAUCUUAACUCAUGCCAAGAGGACAGCAACAACAAAAGCACAGUGUACACUUCAUUUGGAAAAUUAUCAAAAUAAUUCAGAUCACCUCAUCAUACAAUCAUGUGUGUAUAGCCUCAGUGAAUGCUGAGAAAACAUAUGUUUGCAGGAAUAAACAGAGCACCCUUUAGUGCUGCUGGGUUUGUUGGUAAAAUAACAGUCAGGAGUCACAACAGCUGCUAUAACAAAACACAAAACACAGCAAACACAAGUGAGAAUGACUUGUAGCAGAGUGAAAUUACUUAGGAAAAACAGGAAAAGGUUUGGAGAGUAAAAAUGGAGAAAAUCUUAUAACUUACAAUGUCAGUAGUCUAAGCAAAAAACAUCAAACGUCACACAAAGAUGGGUUUACAUAUUCACUUUACAGUCACAUCUGAGAUAUUCUGUGAAGGGAAGAGAAUGGUCAGAACAGUGUAUGUGGCUAUAAUAUAAAUUCCUCACGUUGUUACAAGGACAGGAAGAGGACUUACUGCCACCCGUCCUCCACCUGUACUCCUAUCGACUGAAAUUUGGCCAAUGGCGGGGUCUCUUCUCGUGGAACUUCCUGGAUACAGUCAACCUUAGAAGAAAUGAAUAGUGAAAUGACAACAGCUUAAAUCAGUGACAAAGUUAGGAGAAUCAGACAAAAUCAAACUGACUUAACUGCUCUCUCAUCAGUUAUAUCCAGCACAAGUACAGUAGUGUGGGGUUUAUAUUCUCUAAGGUAUAAGAAUCAAGAUCUAGGGUUACCCAGUGCAAAGAAUAUCAAUGCUGCAGGGUCUGAAAAAUGGAGAGAAUGGCUGUUAUUUCAACACACACAGGGCAGAGAUUCACGGCUGAGAUUUAACAAAAAUAUAGGUUUACUGCCCUCGGUAUGCAGCCAGAUGUAAUGACAGAGUGCUCUUCACCCUAAUGAAAUCUUUAGCUGGUAUAAGCACAUUCUUUAGCUGUAAGGGACACAUGCAGACAUGGGCAAGAACCACAGAGGAUUACUGUGAAAAUUAUCUUUCCUGGAUCCUCCUGGAGGGAUAAGUUACACUUUGAACACAGAGUGGAUCCAUCAUGACGGCGCUGCUCUGCAUUAAUGUGUGAAAACAACACCGACGGUGUUUGCUGCUGCAGACCCCUCACCUACCUGUAUGCCAAUGGAGGAUAAUUUCCUUCUGGGUACUGGGGCCACAAGAGGCUCUUCUGCGACUAAAUUCCCUCUAUUUGGUCCUGAUUUAAGGGAUUCAUUCUGGAUGACUGCGUCACUCGUCUCAGUCGAAGCGUUGGAGGUGGUGGGGGCGAUUGGCUCUCUGGGGAUUGCAAUGGGAGUUGGGAUAAUGUGUGGAGGGCGAGGGAUACCCCAGGCCAGGCUAUUGGCACGGGUGCUGUCAAGGCUGUCAGAGGAGUUGCUGUGGGCGUGGCUCGACUGGCUGUUGACCUCCGACCUCCGGUCCUGCUGGUCCAGGUAGUUGUCCUGAGCCGACUCUGUACUGCUCUGUACCGUCACAGAGAUGUAGGGCUUGGAGGUUGUGCGGGGCGGCACUGGUGGAGGGGCAGACUUCUUACAGGUGGUUAUGCAUGUAGACACUAAAGGAGAAAAAAGAGAGGGACACAAGCUUCAGAGAAAAGGAUUACAUGUGAGGGUGGGUGCUUUUGAGAUGUUUUGGAAAAUCUUUCAGGCAUAAUCAUGUCAAAGAAGAGCAAAAUACAAAAAAUGGAAGUUUCCCAAAGGUGUAUGCAUAGACCUUCAGGAUCAGUAGAGCCUCUUGUAAAGCAUAAAAUCCAAUCAGAGAGGAAGCUGAACAAGCUUACUGUUCCACACAGGCAUCUACAUGAACUCACACUUCAAAGCCUUGAUCAGGAGACAGGUGACGUCAUAAGUUGAGCAAUUUGCCGGCCAUUUGACUCUUGAGACCAAAUAUGGCUAAAAAGAGAGGACGGACAUUUAUCAGCACCACUCCCUUAUUUUCUCUCUGGCUAUGAGAGAAAUAAUAGAGAGGUACAUUAACAACGCAGACAGAGGCCUUGUAGAAAUGAGUUAGACUGUUCCGUCUGUUACAGGAGAGGAUCACACCCAUUUCUUUCACCAGUGACUUGAUUAUUGUAUAAACACUGGACAGAGUCUAACAUCACUGAACUCCACACACUCUGAACUAAAACUAGUUGACACACACCGACACUCCCCCUUAUUGCUGUGGAACAAAUCCAUCUAAAGUUUUAAGUAGUCGAUUAAACGUUGUUUUUUUUUUUUUGAUUGACAGAUUAAAUCUGUAAAAUCUGAUAGAUUUUUAUCUUUUCUGUGAAUAUCUGUCCUGUCAAUAUUGGCCCUGAAAACCCAACCCUUAAUUACUAUCUUGUUUAGUUCCAUGGUCAUGUAGGAUGAUGUAAAGGAUUAAAAACGUAAAGCUGAGCUUCUUAAAGUAGGGACUCUUCCACACUGCAAGAGUCCAACAGUCAACUACAAAGCAGAUAUCAUUUCACCACAGUAACCUCUGUAAAACAUCUCUGUCAUUAUUCUGCUGUCUGUUUUCAUCAGAUUAAAGAUAUUCAUUAUCUACAAAGCCACCGAAUCACUUAUCCCAUCCCUGAAUGUGAAAUUAUCCAUCUGGUCAAUGGAUACAGAUUGUAAGUACAAAUAAGUGACCCUCUGUGGGCAGCAGUUCAACCAGUGACUGUACAAGAAGAGACCGAGCUAAUGGGCUAGGGAAGGUAACUGUCAAGCAGGACUAGGUUGCAACUGUAAGUACUGUAAGAGACGGACAUCUCAUGCAGGAAGUUGUCUUUAAGAAAAGUUCAAAGAGUCCCUGAAGCUUCAAACCAGGGCAGAAAUUCCAUAAGCGCACAUUCACAGUAUAUCAAAGGCAGAGUGUGAUACUGAACCACAGAAACCCAUAAUCAAAACGGGGAACUUUCUGUGGCUGCCACAUGAUCUGAUAAACAGAUGCUUUAUUUGAUACCACACUAGAGACAAAACCAUGGAAAGUUGAUGGAGCAGGAAGAUGGCUGAAGACAGAAUAGAACUGGUUGUACUUAGACUUGGGAAAGUCGCGUUAUGUUGACAAAGUGACUCACUGUGUGUGUGACAAGUUCGGAAACUUGUUAGAUGGCGUGCUGAACAGUUGGUGGUCACUUUCAUACGUGAGUCCACUGAUUCUGGACAGUCCAACCACUGUUUACCAAAAGCAGAGGGCUUAGAGAUGUGAGCAUCUUUCCUUGUCUUUGCACAUCAUACUGCUCACAGCUAGGGCUGGGUAAUAAAACGAUAAUGAUAUAGAUUUUCGAGAUAUAUCGAAAAUUUGUUUCCCUCUAUAUCGACAUAAAACAUGGUCAAUAUGCUUUUUGAUAGUCGGCAUUCUGCCAUGUUUUGGUAGACUAUACAAAUAGCCAAUGAAAAGGGGAGUUGCUCUGCGUCCGCUCAACCAAUCAUGUGCUGAAUUAGAACCAAGUAGCAAAUAACUGCAUAGUAGCAGGCUGCAGCUACACACAAACACAGCAUUUUAGCAUGUGAAGCCGACAGCAAUGUUGGUGAGAAAAAAAGAAAAUGAGUGCUACCUCCGGCCGAAAUGCAGAUGAAGGCUGAACAGAUGAUGACAUCUUAGACAACACUGGCACGAAAACAUCAGUGGUGUGGAGGUAUUUUUGAGGUUGGACAUGAAGCAGAGUCAAUCAUCCAUCCAUUUUCUACCGCUUAUACCCGUUAGGGGUCGCGGGGGGUGAAGUUGCCAGUUCAUCGCAGGGCUGACAUAUAGAGACGAACAACCAUCCAUGCUCACAUUCACACCUACGGGCAAUUUGAAAGUGGCCAAUUAACCUAACCCCACUUAGGCAUGUUUUUGGGAUGUGGGAGAGAACUGGAGUACCCGGAGUAAACCCAGACACAGGGAGAACAUGCAAACUCCACACAGAAACGCCCUGAGCUGGAUUCGAACCCAGGACCCUCUUGCUGUAAGGCGACAGUGCUAACCACUACACCACUGUGCCGACCGAAGCAGAGUAAUGUGCACUGCAAAUUAUGUUGAGUACAUGAUCUCGCAAAGUCUGGGGAUACCUCACCUGAAGCAGUGCCACGCAGCAGAGCACGUUCAAUGCAAAAGGUUACAAACCUCGUGCAGACCAAGGAGCCCAUGGUGCCGGUGCAGCCGAAACAGCCGACCGUUCAGCUUUCUCUAGUGCAACACCUUACGACAAAAUGUCAAAGAGACACAAAGACCUCACAGAUGCAGUAGCUUAUUGUACUGCAAAAGACAUGCUACCAAUAAGCACUGUAAAAUUUCAUUGAAGAGUAACAGGGAACAUUUAAGAUUGACAAGUGAUUUUUUUAUAUCGUGAAAUAUAUUGAUAUUGACUGAUAUGAAAAAAAUAAAUUGUGAUAAACUUUUUCCUAUAUUGCCCAGGCCUACUUACGACUAUCUUUUCACAAUCUCAGCCCUGAAGAGCCCUAAAGCUACAGCCUGAGAUGUCACGCAGCUUGAAUGACUGUACGCUCCUGAUUGCAUACAUGAAGAGGCACACACAUGCGCACACACAAGUAAGGGGUGCUCUUAACAAUACUUUAACAUAACUGUCAGCAUCUUUAGAUUGCUUUAAUAGGGCCCAAUGUCUCAUUGUACCAUGGUAUAAAAAAAUAAAUCACAAUCUAGAAGUCGGAUGUUUGUAAUUUCUUGCCUUGAAACCAAGACUGAUCAAAUCAAGGAAAAGAGGAAGCUACAUAAGUCUGUAAAUAUUGUUCAUGCCUUGUUUUGCUUUGCAGGAUGAUGUUACUGAAAAUCUUGAUAAGCCAUCCAGGAUUUUGAAGAAUCCUUGCAGCAAACAUGUGAGCCGCUGUAAGAGACUCGAACAAAAAGACUGUUGUUCGUUAUAAUCCACUACUUAGAUUUCCUCCAAUGUGUAUGGAACUCAUAUGAUCCCACACUCAGUGCCAAAACAAACCCUUUGAACUGUGAGCUGCUACAGCUGUCAGUUAGCUCUGCUUUUUCACACAGCCUGAACUACUGCAACACCACUAGCCCCAAGUACUUCCUGGUCUUUUUUCAGAGCACCUUUAACAGUUACCAAGUGCUUUUGUGGGUUAUCUCUACUUUCAGUUAGGAAAUUAGGUUUUUGCAUUUUCAGUCUGCUAUUGCUUCACAUGAUUUCAGAGAUCAGCUAAGUUUAAUUAGUAGGGGUGGGAGAAAAAUCGAUACAGCAUAGUAUUGCGAUAUUUUGCCUGGUGAUAUAUUGUAAUGUAUCGCAAUACUCACUUUAUUGCAAAAUGUUAAAAAUCACAAUAAUAUUGUAUCGUGGCCCAAGUAUCUUCAUAAUAUCGUAUUGUGGCACAAGUAUCGUGAUAAUAUUGUAUCGUGGCCCAAGUAUCAUGAUAAUAUUGUAUCGUGACAAUAUCGUAUCGUGGCCCAAGUAUCGUGAUAAUAUUGUAUUGUGGCCCAAGUAUCGUGACAAUAUCGUAUCGUGGCCAAAAUAUCAUGAUAAUAUUGUAUCGUGACAAUAUUGUAUCGUGGCACGAGUAUCGUGAUAAUAUUGUAUUGUGGCCCAAGUAUCGUGAUAAUAUUGUAUCGUGGCCCAAGUAUCGUGACAAUAUCGGAUUGUGGCACAAGUAUCGUGAUAAUAUUGUAUCGUGGCCCAAAUACCGUGAUAAUAUCGUAUUGUGGGGCCACUAACCCCUAUUAAUUAGCUUAAGUUCCCUUUAUUCUCAUUUAUUAAAUCCAAUCUAAGCUUUGCACCUUAUCGGGACGUAACCAUCAACUCAGGUUUUUAAGGAGUCUACCUUGUUGUCUCUCAGAAAACCAGCCCAGUGCGGCUGAAACCACAUUUCAUAUGAUAAAACAGUGACAAGAACCAAAUGUCACCAAAAAACCACACCCAAUUUAAAUAAUAUUGACUGGAUAGGAUUCCAGCCCUCAGUGUAAAUAAAUUACUGCCAGUACAAACAUAGCUUCUCAUGCAGCAGGAUAAAAGCCAGCCUGAUAGCGAAGUGUGAUGUCUUCUUAAUGAUGCACAUUUAAUGAUGAUGGGAACCAUUUGCAGUCUAACUCCAAUAGUCUACCACAAGAGAAUAAGGAGACAUGCCAGCUAUACAGUCUCUGUGACAGAAAGCUGUAACCUUCCCAGAAUAAACAUUUGGCAUCCCCCAAAACCUCUUUCAGACAAAAACAGAAAUCCAGUCCAGUCAAUCCAGAUUUACUUUAAGAAACCAGCAGUUCAGCAUCAGUCAUAGUUGAAAGCAUGUGCCACCAGCCAUGGAUUUUCCACUAACCUCUGCUUUAGAAAACCUGCUGAGACAGAUUUUACAUGUCCACGAUCCCUUCCAUGGCUGAGUUAGAUGCUGAGAAGCUCACUGUUUUCACUGAUGUAGCAGAUAUGUGAUGCACCAGCCCAAUCCAGCAUCCCAGCCCAGCCAGAUAGUUGUUAUAAUGGAUGAUAAAGACCAUAGAUCUUGUGUGGGUGUGUUUGGUCCCUUGCCCUGCGGUUCUCCUAAGGUCACAUCCUGCUUUCGUCAUUCUGAACAGAAUUCCCCCUUAAGUCCUAAUACCACAGAAAUCUGCUUUAUCCACCAAAACAAGUCCUAAAAUCAUAUCUGACAGCUGCUCUUCAGAUUAGAUAGGAGCUAAAUUACUGAAACUGGACACAAUAAAUAAUUCGGGUCAAUAUUAUCAUCCGAUUUUUAGCUUAGCAAAAAUAUACUGAUGCUGUAUAUGUAGGCUGAUGAAGAUAAAAAAAAUGGAAGUAAACAAAUAGCCAAGUUUAUGAAUCCUGGUUGAUUUGGAAGCAGCCCUAUCCUAAAAAAGAGCCUCUGUGAAGAGCACUGAUGGUUAAAUAAAAUAUAUGCAUGCAAGAGAGAUGUAAAUAAUAGCAAACAUUAAUUAGCUAUUUAUGAUAUCAGGAACAACAAAGACUCAGGGGAGGAUUUUUAGAAAAUGUUGAAGUGAGGCAUAAAGGCAGGAGUGUCUUGACUGAGUGCUUAUUCUUUUAUUAGAGCACAAAUAUAUGGUGUUUAUUUGAAAUUACUCGACCCAGCUUAACUUAAUGCAACAAGAUGACCACAUCAGUGAUCAAACAGGUUUCAGACAGGUUUGGAGUUUAACCACAUUGGUAAUUUCUCAUGGCUGAAGCUCCUGGUUUCACCAUAGCCUAGGUCUAGGUGGUUAAACUAGUGAGUACUCAGCCACACAAAACUUAAAAAAAGCCAACAGAAUUUGACACUGCAGCACAAAAAAACUCAAGCUCAUGAAACAUAAUCUUGCAUAAUAAUGCAACCAUGGCAGAUUUUUCCGUGGGCAGAGAAUUCCCACAGACAAAUUAUGUACGCAUAGUAAUUCACACAUGCUCUAAUGUGGACCAUUUCCUGAAUAUGAUUAUUUUACAGAACUUGGCCUCACAAACAUUCACAGCUGUGCAAGCAUGAAACACACCCUAGGAUGUCAUAGCUGCUGAGAAUAGUACCAACAUUAACAAAGCCUUUCCUAAACCUGAAUAUUCUCAGCACCUCAGAAAAGAGUUAUAAAACCCUACACAAAGCCAGGAGCUGCUCAGCUCAGUGGCUGCUCCACUGUAGGGAAUAUAACAACAGAAACAAGCAGACGCUUUGUGCCAAAAUGUUUGAGUGGAAUCUGGAGUGGGUGCUGAGCAGUGCUGUUUUCAUGCCAUCUGGACAGUGGUUCUGUUGUCCACUGAAAGCCCUGGUUCAAGAUGUGAUUUUCAAGGCUGGGAAACAAUUAGUUGCAAGGAGCUAAAGCAGUGAGAAACAAAUUCCAACAACCCCAUGACUGCUUUUGAUCCACUCUCACUAUGGAGUAAGACCUGUAGCUCAAUAUAUCUAAUCACUUUUCAAUCCUUAUUUUAAUUUCAGCAAUGAUCUACAUGUUAUGUUGUCGAAAUAAUCACAAACUGAAAAAAAACAAAACAAAAAAAACAAAAAAAAACACAGACACAAAAAACCUUGGUCAGAUGUGAUGUGCUAGACCCUUCACACUGUCUCAGUGUUUGCUUUGAGAAGACAGAGUAGGACAAUUCAGCAACCAUAGCUUCAAAAUGCCAUCACUUGCAGCAUAAUUAUGUUUUUGACCCCUGAAAUCCUCAUUAAUUGUUUGAAUUUCCAUUUUUUGUCUAAAAUAAUAUGGAGAGGUUAACCCAGAUUCAUAGAUCAGGUGGAAUUUCUCCAAGAGGUAGAGUAUUGCGGUGAAUAAACGGAGCCUUUCCCUCAUUGCUAAAUGCUAAACUUUAACUACUGCACUGGGUAUGAUUUACAACCAAUUAUGCUGCUUUACACACUGUAGGAAAGAGCUUGGCGUCAGUAAAUGCUAAAGAUGGUAAAUCAUUUUGAAAAACUAUUGUGGCGAUUAAUUCCUAGAAGCAUACAAGUUUCAUUAAAGGCUUAUUAAUGACAUUGCGAACAGAGCUAUACAUUUCAAAAUCCUUUGUAGAGGUGAAGCUGUGCUGUUGUCAGUUGGUACAAGACAAUAACAGACAAAAGGUGAACUGUGACGCUCUAUUUAACAUCUUAGCAUCGCUUGCCAAGUUGCCUCCUGCCUGCAGCUGACCCAUCUGUAUUGUUUUAUAACAUAACAGACGUACAAUGAGACACACAAACCUUGCCUGCAACUUUAACCACUCCAUCAACCCUCGAGCCAUUAUCCCAAUGACUUAUCACAACAAAUGCUGUCAACAACAGCUCAGCUACAAAGCUGCUCAACCUAAUAUAUUUAAAGUGACUUUAACUUGAGAUUUAAUUCAUGUUGCCACACAUGGGAAAACCCUUAAGGGAAAAAAGCAGGGCAGCCCUCAGAUCAUUCCCUGUGGAUGCCAAUUUUCCAUUUCAGUGACCAAACAUAAAGCACUUUUUAAAAAGAUGAGGGGAUGUAUUUUAUUUUAGAAAGCUCAGGCAAUACAGUAUACUUUACUAUAUUCUUAAACAUGCUCUUUUCUAAUUGCAGUAUGGGUGAAAAAGAGAGCAUCAAACUUCUCUGCAGGCAUUACUGACCAUUACAGCUAUGGGAGAAAUGCUGUUUAUCCUUUUUGUAGGGGAGAGUGGGGUAAGAUGAGCCAUUCUUCAUAUUUCAGAUCACUACAUAAAGACAAACAUAGUUUUGUCUCUAACUAGUGUAUCUGCAUAUAUUUCAAGAUGUUGUGCAUCCCUGCAAACCAACAGAAUGAGUGGAAACAUAACUGUCUUGAUAAUACAGCAUGACAAAAAAAGUGGUCUCCUAUGGUCGACUUGCCCCGUGUAUGGGGUAAGUUGACCACCUUCUCUCUUCUCUGUUUUUAUCGAUUAUACACUAUUCAACUGGUACAAUAUUUCUUUCACCAUUUCCAAGUAGCCGGGGGUGGCUCAACUUACCCCACUCUCCCUUAUUAGCAUUUAAAAAACCCAAUUAAAAUACGAAUUUGCUUUAACAUGAGAAUGUCUUUAAGUGAUUCAGAACAUUCACAGCUGUAUUUUUGGAGAGAAAAAGUAACACAUUUUAACAAUCUGAACUGAAACUCUGAUCCUCUCAUCAGACUCCUUUACCUUCUAAGAUGAACCACUGACUUACUCUACGCCAGAAUUAGGAUGAUGACUUCAUUAGUCCUCUAAACUAAAAUGUUGGACUUUUAUGCUAGGUUUUUGACCUCAUGUUGUAGCUCAUAGAUACCACAAUUGAUGUAUAAAACAAAUUUAAAAUGAUCUUUUUUGGUCUGAACACAAUUCUAAUAAAACUUAUGACGGACUAAAUCCACUUUCAAGAGUGAAAAAUGUUUUUUGGAAAUAAAUGUCUAACCUCUUCACCCAUGUGCUUCUAACCUUUACAGACUCUAUGAACAUUUGGUCACAUGAUCAAUUUCUUUUACCAUUUCCAAGUAGCCGGUGAUGGCUCAACUUACCCCACUCUCCCCUAUUAGCAUUUAAAAAGCUAAUUAAAAUACGAAUAAACUUUAUCUCUAAAUUACUUCUUAAGGUGAGCAACUAAAAUGUUGAUUAUUCUAUAUGAGAGCAAAAGAGAGGCAUGUAUCAACUGAUGAGAAGUUGAGCAGUUGAAGUAAUUUCCUAACACUCUCAUGAAAACACACACCAGCGAUAUGAUACAGUUGGUUAAGUUGCGUUCAUAGUCGUGGAAAGGUCAUUAAGUUUGUAGAGUUAAAGAUACCAUUUGAUUUAAGUUUCUUUUGAUACCCUGCUGAAACAAGCACCAAACGAGCUCGAAUAAUACUGACACAGUCAAACUAACUCACUCAGCGAAAUGACCAAGUAAACACUGGUCUUUACCGAGACGUUAUAAUAACAGUCUGUAUCACCCAGAAUACUCACCCAGAAGUCGGUCGCAAACAAACACACCUCACCAUUCCCCGAAACUACAUUGAAAUCACUGUCAGACCAGUAGCUACAGCACUCAUGCUCUCUUCCUUCAAGGUUGUGGGUUAGAAAAGCCGGGUUCAGCUGCUUUUUGUUUGUCUCCCGAGGGAGGCGUGUCUGCUGAUGCCUCCAAUGACGCCUCGGAGAGUUCAGCUCCUAACGAUUGAUUAUUAAAGGCGAGCAUGACUCUAGUGCACAAUGUGUGCUUACAUUAAAAGCAGUCACAACUUAUUAGUUAUCUAGGACGGGCAGUAAAAAUCCACUUCAUCUCCAGGGGUUUGAAAAGAGGAAAGACUCAAACACUUGUCCUCAGCUUUGUGAGUGGGUGGCUUGUCUUUCAGCAUGCCAACUAAAUAUCCAUAUAGGCUAUUUUGGAACUUAGGAUGUUAUCAGUUUUAAAAUAGCCCAUGAUGAACUGAGACCACCAUGAGGAUAUUCAGCAAAAUCAGAUGAGAAAUCGAAAAAAUGUUGCAAGGCAGCAUAGGCUCCAUCCUGAUGCUGGCAAAGAGUGCCUCCAUGUGGAUGCUACAUGGCACAGUUAUAACAACCCUGCAAUCACUUCAACCCCCUUUCUAGCGGGCUAUUGGCCGAUUGGCCAUGCUGUACAUGUGGGAGGUAUAAAGCUACAUUCUUUACAGAAAUACCUGGAAGAGGUUACAAUACUGAUCAGUGAAAGAUUCCAUACGCUGGAGAGGAAGCAUUCCUCGGUUACAAAUCCCUUGCUCAGUCGCCUAAAAUGAACCAUAAAUUCAGUUUAGGAUUAAAUAUUCUUGUAUGAUCACAAAAAAUGACCCCGGAGUAGCAUCUGUAAAGUAGCUGGGUGUGUUCCCUUGGAGAAAAAGUAAGAGAAUGCUGUGAUAAUGACCAUGUUGUAUACAUCGGUAAUACCGAUCAGUGAAAAAAAAAAUAAAAUAUAUGAAAAAAAAAAUCAUUAAGCUACUCAUCUGGAAUGGUUAACAUAUUUUUUUUUCAUUCAUUGUGAUGAGACAAAUAAAUUGCCACCAUUGAACCUUUGCCGCCUUGGAUGGUACCGACAUUUGGUUGGGCCUAUGGACUAUUCUAAACUCAUUCACACUUAAAUAUCUGUCCACCUGCUAAGAGGCUGCCUGCCCUGAUAAUAAGUCUAUUUUCUUAUUUGGCAGUUCUUACAUAAUUAUACUAAUAGACAUCUUUUUUUUAAGGUUUAUUGGUUAAAUUUAUUACCUGUGUGUGCGUGUAGGAGGCGUGGUCUGUCUGUCCCAAAAAGCUGAAGAAAAAUUGCAAGUUGUUUCUCCUUUGGGGCUUUGUCCAAGCCAGUGGCUAUCAGGUAAGAGGCAAACUGUUCUUUCCAUGUCCUCAAAUGUGUUGAAAGGUCUUCUAGCAUGGGCAAAAAGGUUGUAUUUGAGCUUAAAAAAAUAAAAUAAAAAUCCGGUAUGUGAGGGACAAGAGCCCCCACCCAGGACCAUGAGGGCCAUAAAAAGCAGUCAGAGUAGCAUAAUAGAAAAAAAAUUUACCUAAACAAGAAUGUGGGCCCUGCCACAAUAGAAAAUUUAAAAAAUGAUCUAGAUUUUAUCACCAAACAGUGACUUUGAUAAAAAGGUUAAAUGUGUUGUAUACACCAUUCUCUACCAUAGUAUUCUUAUGUCUUCCACCAGCCUACUUUAUAUCAUCAAUGAUGUAAAAACACAAAAGUGCAGCAAACUCUAUCAUCAGUGACUCACCAGUGCUGGUGCUGUAGGUGCGAACAGUGGGGUCAGUAGGAGGUGGUGAGCAGCCUGAGUCCAUAGAUGCUGUGUCAUCAUCUUGGGAACAACCAGCCUGGAUGGCUCUCAGGUAACUGUGGCUGCGUGAUCGGAAGCAUGUCGGCAUGGGCAAGUCUGGAGCCUCUGGGUUGUCCUGAGAGUGGGAGCGAGAAUCUCUGAAUGUGGACUCAGAGCUGCGGUCCUCGUAAUGACUCAUAUCUAGGUCCCGUAGCUGGAGGAACAAAAAGACAAGACUGGUUAUAAUGAAACAGUAGUGAACGUUUCAGUGAGGGGUAUUCUUUAUCUUUUGUCAAACAAAUGAUAGAUAACAUUGUGAUAAUAUUUCACCAAAGCGUGAAAAGGUUUACCGUCUCACAUUAUGCUAAAAGUGUUGCUUUUCCAGUAACAUUGAAGCAAUGGAAGUGGCACUACAUGCUUUUCGCUAACUAAAUCACACAUUGAUACCUAUUUACUGUAAAUAAACGUAUCUGAUAAAAAAUAGCAUAUGAAUCAGCAUGGUAAGAACUAACUGCUGUGUAUUUUUUAUGGGAUUGAAUUUUCUAGUUUGUUCUAUAUUCUAUCUGUUAACGUAAAGGAAUUAAAGGGAUAUUCUGGCAUAGAAUUAAUUUAGGGUCAGACACACCUUAACACUGAGUUAGACACCCCGUCAAGAGAUGAAUGUUGCGGACCGCUUGCUUCUCUAGACCUACCAACUUUAGUAACGACCGCACGAUAGCAAUACACAGCGGUCUGAUGAGCCAUCAACAAACCUCAACAAAAACGCCACUCUAUAGUCACAAAUAAUACUCAGAACAGCACCCAACUUCAUCAACAGUACAUAUAGGGUCCUAGCCACAGCACUAGCCAUCAAACAUCUUCUUAACUUUGUCUAUUUUCUCUAGUGAAGAGACUAAACGUAUCUCACCUACUCUCUUCCAGCAGCUGCUUGUUUGUAGCGAGACCUCAGGCCAGUCCAUUACGGACUGCUGCGAGGUUACGCAGCUCAAGGAAGAACAUUUGUGAUCAUUUCUUCAUGGAAAUGCAAUCAGACUGAGACGCUAAGGCAGAAGAACUACCGCGUCUGCAGUGCAAAAUGAUUAAUAUGGUGAUUAUUACUUCAAGGAAAUGAUAAAGAAAUGUUUAUGGCUCCUCAGACCGCUGUGUAUUGCUAUCCUGCGGUCAUUACUAAAGUUGGUAUAACUAGAGAAGCAAGCGGUCAGCAACAUUCAUCUCUCGAGGGGGUGUCUAACUUGGUGUUACAGUGUGUUUGACCCUAAAUUAAUUUUACGCCACAAUUUCCCUUUGAGCUUUCAGAUCUAUACUGCAACCAGUCACCAGGUGAAGCUCUGACAAGUUUUUGCUUCACUUGGGGUAGCUAUGUAGCUGUUCUGGUUUCUAAACAGUUUCUGAUUAGAACCAUCAUUUUACAGAAAAUGAGAUAAAAAUGAAGGAAAGAAAUCAGACAUUGCGCUGAAGAGGUUUUAGUAUUAAAGAAAAAGUCGGUAAGUGCUCAAACUGUUUUUGAAAAGUGGAAAUCAGCCCUGCGGUGAUGGGUUUCAUAUUCUGCUGAUUGGCUGAAACUGCCUGAGUCCAAAAUGUACUCGGAGCAAAGUUAUUUAGAUGCUUUAGAAAUUGGAAACCUCAGGUGAGGCAGCUCGAGGAAAAUAAAGAAGAGGAUGUGGUAGUCUUGAAUGACCGCUUUAAGAAUCUGAAAUUAAGAGUUUCAAUAAUUUUUUCUUGUUCUCACUUUUUUUCUUACUUCAAACAAAUGCAUGAAUUAAUAUUUAUCUAGACCAGUAUGGGGCUGUGCAUGCAUUUAAACAGUACAUUUAUUUAAUGCUCUGUGCAUUGAAAUGCACCAACCAGCGGCCUGCUAAUGAUUGCUUGAAAAUCUGAUUCUGAUAGCCAACACUUCCUCUUUUGACAGGUUAAUUGAAAAUGGAUUUCACUUGCUUCAUGUAGUUGCCCAUCAUCUCAGUUAACCUUUCAGUAGGAGGCUAAUAACUCUUAUUUUAGUGCUGAAUUAGACUUGAACUACCAGUGUCAGUCAUAUGGCUUUUAUGUUCAUAACAUUAAUAUAAGACACGCUUGGGAGUCUUUGUUCAGGGGAAACUAAUUUUUUCAGUUUUUCAAGUUCUUUCAGUAAAUAUGCUAAUUAUGGAAAUGAGCAUUAGUGGCUGAAGACUGGCAAGGAGCUCUUUGAAACUGGGUGGUGGUGUAAAAGUGUGAAGCUCAGGGAUGUCAAUGUCUAGAAAAUACAUAUAUAUUUUUUAAUUAAUUAAGAACGGGGGGCUGUAACACAGAAACUCAUUGUUGUUUACUCCGACAACUCACAGAAGCCACAUUUUAUACAAUCUCCAUCAGUCCUGUCCACUGAAUACUGACCUGACCCAUGCAGCUACGUCUCCCCAGGGUGCUGCAGGCCUGGCUAAAGUCAUCAUCAUCCCAGGGUGGCAAAGAUGAGCCUGGACCCCCGAUGCAGUCGAGGUUGUCCAGGCUGCGAUUGUUGGAGAGCUCUCGAAGAGAUGGAAGACAGCUGAAAAAAGGAAAUACAAGAUAAGGGUGAUGUGCUGCAGAAUUUGAAGGAAGUGUUGGGAAGGCAUGGGGACAUGGUCAUAGAGGAGAUGGAUAUAUAUUUCAAAUAAAUAUAUGAUGACGAAUGGGCAAGGGAAAGAAAAAUUGAGCAAAUGAGCAAAAAAAGUAUUUUACUGAAGACACCCCUUUUACUUCAGUUUUUAAUUAUGAAUUAUGGACUAUUAUGUAUAUGUUAUAAUGAUUUUUUUUGUUGCUUCUUUGCAUGCAAAGUCUGUACUAAAACCUGUUGCAUGUAUUUCGCUCUUUAUCAUGCCAUCAUGGUGCCAAAGACAAAGAACAGUCUGACUUGAUCAGCAGCUCUAAAGUUUUGAUGUAUCCUUUGUUGGCACACAGUGAUUGUGACAUGGCGGUAAGUCGCCAUGUCAUGGUUAAGUGAUGCUGACUUCCCCUGAUUCCAUUCAAAGUGUAUAACUCAGCCACUUUCCACCUAAAAGCACUGGGCAGAUGGUGUUAACAAGCUUACAGGAGGCUGGCAGUAGUUGGCAGCAAAGCAUGAAUUUGGCAGGAGCAGUUGCCACUGACUCUUAAGACAUCCAAGGGGUGCAGAGCAGAGUCACUGUUAAUGAAUGAGCCAAUAAGACUCAAAUGUUCUGCACCGCACCUCUUAGACGUAGCUUACAGACCUACCACUGACCUGCUCAUUGAUCUGCCCAGCUGAUGCAGGGAGGACACACUGUGGAGAGGUGACCACAGAGCAUCCAGCUCCCCCUGCAACAAGGAGAAAUCCAGGGUUCUGCUGCUCACGCCCAGCAAGGUGGAGCAGACCAGGAAAGAGUGGGGAUGCAUGGUCAGGGAUUGGCAGGGGAAGCAGGGUUAGUCAUUCAAGAACUCUUAAGGGAAGAAUAAAUCCCUAAGUUUCGAAACACAGGCUUAAGAGGGAUUUAAGGUCAAUGAGAAGUUGUGUUUGUCAGGUAGCCAGAAGACAUUUUUUCUCUCUUAAAAAAAAACCUAUAACAACAAUCUAUGGAUAUCAACAAUCUAUAACUGUACAUCUGGCUGGUGUUUUGGUCCCUGCUAGUACAUUAAACCAUUAAAAACAGAUCCCUGUCAUUAGCCAGCCCUAAUUCUAGAAACACAGAAACUGUUUUAUCUUAGAAAAUGUAAACGCUGCUGAAACUUUCUCCACUUCUGGGUAUUGAGAUAAUUUUUGUGUCAGAGUAUGCAUAGCUCUGGUGGCUGAGUAGAUAGUACAGAAUAUGACAGUUACGUCUCAGCGCACGUUUGCUUGACAAUGCCUAAUGCAAGAAAGUGAAUCUGUUUUCAUUUCUGUUUCAUGAGAGGCAAAGUCAGUUUAGCUUUGUCCCAGAGCACAUGAUUCACGUACUACUGUGUCAUAUGUUGAACGGAAAGAUAAGGCCAACUUGUGGUGAUUUUAAUAUUUCAGUGGAAACAAAAAAAACUGUGUCAUUUAAUGCAAUCAUUGUUACUCUUGUGUGUUUCAUGUAAGCCAACAGAAGGAAGGUGAGCUACAGACAUUGAAUGGAAGUAAGGCUGGCAUGUGGAAGACCACAGGGAGUCUGACACCACUUAAUUGUAUGCGUGAGUAAGCGCAGCGUGGACUGUGUGUGCUUUUUUGUGCCUAAGUGUUCUUGUGUGUGCAUGCUUUGUGUUUCCUGCAUACUACCACGAGGUUAGCCAUAAUAGUCUCCUGUCUCCUGGCCUCAUAUAAAACACUGGCCUAUGAUUGUUCUCUGGAUGGCUUAGAGAUUCAGCUGUAUCUGGUAUUCCUUGACAACUAACAUAAGCACACAUUUCAAAGCCAGGAUACUUUUUACCUUAGCCAAUUCUCUCUCCGGUAUAUGCUACAUAAUAAAAUUCAGUCUGUUGUCUUACUUGCGUGGGGGUAGCUGUUCGCUCAGAGAAUGCUGUGUAGCCCUGAGGUAGCUCUGGCGACGAGCAGCAGUUUUUGGCGAGGGUUUGGGGCUUCCAUCUGAGUCGUCGCUGUCUUCCAUGUCUCCCAUGGCCUUCACGUAGCUACCACUGCGCAUUCGCCGACAUGGGAUUUCGUUGGCACCACUAGUGCGGCCUAAUGUGCUACUCCAUUCACCCUAAAUGAAAAAAAUAAAGCUGAUGAUCUGAGUACGAAAAUGAGCAGGUAAGAAAACAUUUUUGAAGUAGGCCUGUAUGUAUUUCAUAAAAUAUUAGAUGUUUAAAAGCACUGCAGUCCAGUCAAUUCUCCCUACUCACCCUGCGUCCAACCUGCAGGUAGUUGCAAGUUAGUUCCUGCUGACAGGAUUUGGACUUGAGCAUUGACCUGUCCAGAGUAGCCGAGCCCUUCUGGAUCACCUGUCUUGGCUGGCCCAUCGUCAAAGUGGACCAGGACCCUCCUUUCAUAUAGUCAUUAUCAUUUAUCAUCAUUCUGCUAGGACCACCCACUCCACCACCUCCCCCAGACACAGGAAGUGCUGGAUACUUCAUGUCAUUACUGCUUUUAGAGGUGCUGAUAGUGUUGUAGCCUCUGUGGAUGUAUCUGCUCUGCCCCCCUUGACUGUCUUGUCCAGUUGGUCGCCCCAGAGUCAUCAUGGCCAUGGUGUUGUGAUAGCUGCUCAAAUCACUGCUGUCCAAAUCGUCUGAGCUCCAAUAACCUGACAUGUUGGAUCGUGGCCGCCGUUUGGCAGUGCCCUCUGAUUUAGUGCCCCGGUCCUUGCUUUUGGAUCUGCGGUUGUGCUUUCCUCCAUCCUCUGUGCCAGACGAGCCUCCACCACUGCCAGUGGAACGUCCAUUGAUAUUUCCUUUCAUGUGUUGACUUUCCAGUGACUGAGAUUUUGCAAAGAGCUUCUGAACCGAGUGCACCAUUGAACGUAUGCGUCCAGGACUGUCUGUAUGCUGCUUGGCUGUUGCAACAGCGGAUGUUCGAUGAAACUGUAAAGUGCUGAAACCGUCACGGCCUCCGGGAAGCUGCUUUUCAAACUCCAGCAGAUUUGGAGGUGUCUGGUUCUUGGUCAUAUGAUGUGAUAUAGUUGCAGAACCACUUGUAAUCAUGGGUGUUCGUGCACUCAGCCCUGCCAUUCCCAUGCUCAUUCCCAUGCCCAUGGACAUGGAGGUGCCCAUGGUUCCAGUGCUUAUACCCCCAAUGCUGUCCCCUGGUGGGGAGAAGUCAGACUGGUCGUAGGAGUUGUAGUCAAUCCGGGGGAAGGUGCUGCUGUUGGACAGCUGGUUGUUGAGAGGCAGCAUACAGUCUGGUGGAAGGGAGCCAGGAUUUGCAGACUGAUAGAGAUGAGGGUCCAUGGUGCCAUAGUGGUCCAUUGUGGGGCUCAGUAGGUAGGGGCUUCGAGGAAGGGUACUGGUCCUCUGAUUGUAGAGGGUGUUUGUAUGCCCUGUUGAAGGAUCACAGGAGUCAGACAGGUGUCUGUUGCGGGUCCCCAACCCUUUCAUGGUGGAGAGGAGGUCCAACCCUUUAGAAGACCUCCAGGUGGAGUAAGAAUGACUGAUGACGUCUGAAGUGGUUCCUACAAAACAGAGAAAACAGGACAAAAAAUACAAUGAAAAAAAGUUAACAACUGGCCUAUGGAGCGAACAAAACGCACAAACACAGACAUCAAACUUACACCCGACAGUGUUUAUCAGCUCAGCAGCACAAACACGCCUACUCAUGUGCCAAACCAGACAACAAACAGGCUAGCUGUAGGACUGUGAGGGAAAUUCUGUGUAGUGAAUAGCCAACGCUAGCCUUCUAUUGCUUCCCACAGAAAACAUCUGCUAAAAUGCUGGAGAUGGAUGGAAAAACAUUGUGCGGUAUAAUAAUGAGCUGUAGCCAGUGGGCUAGGGCAUACAUUAUGAGGAAAAGAACAAGUGCUAGAAGUCAUCAGUAACUCCCAACACUUUUUUGGAUUGGCUAUGUGGGAGUGCAGUAUGCAGCAGUGAACAAGUACCCCCUCAGAAAAGAGAAUGGAAUAACUUUAUGAAAGAAAUAAGUUUACAAAUAAACUUUGUCUUCUUUUUUAGACACCAGUUUGCACAAAAAAGGGGAAAAACAAAAAAUGAGGAAAAAGUCACUGCAGAAUGUAUUCUAACAACUUCAACUUCUGUUGUAAAUGGACAAACAAUGAUUAUGUAUUCAGGUUCUCCAUCUACAUACGUAUACCAUGAAAAGGGGUAGAGUACAUCUAACACCUGUUGAAGGCAACUAGAGCAACCAUGAACAGCCUUUACAUAAAAAUGAUUUGUACAAAGUAUUCUGUGGCCAUGAAAUGUUUUUUUUCUCUCUCAAAUGUUACUGUAGAGGCUCAGUAGUACCAUGUUUUUUAGUAGUAAUUUUUCUGUUAUUGUUGUUGCAUCAAAGGUUCUUGGUGUCUGCUAUUAAACUCCCCUAUCAGCUCCUUUAUUCUCAAUUUCCUGGCAUUGCAACUGCUGACAGGUAAGUUAGUGCUGCCAAAUAGCCAGGAGAGACCUUUCUUUUAGCUUGCCACCUUCUUUAUUUGCCCACUUUUCCUUCUGCUUCCCUUCCCCUGUCUCCUUCCACUGUUUCCUCUGGAUCCUACAUUCACCUAUUGGGUUUCCUUGGCACUGGUUUCUGGAUUCCCUUCUUACACUUGCAAGGUCUGCCAGGGCUGGCAGACAGACCUUUAUAGUGAAACUAGUAAAGAGGAUUUGACCAUUGGGUGAAUGGUGAAUUUAGCUGGUAGCCAAACCUCCUUGUCUUGUUUGUCAAGCUGUGCCAGGGCCCUGCCUGGCAAGACUGUGAGGUUGAUACUUCUCCUCAUAAAAAUAUGGAUGAUAAUAGAUGUGGUGUACCCUGCAAAGGAACUGCAACUAUAAUUGAGAUUAUUCUGGGUUAUUUUUCAACACUGCAAAACCAGCUGGUUGGAGGUCUUGUUUCUCCUUAAUCCUCUCAGUCUGAGUUCAAUCAGCAAAACUGAAAAUCAAAAUCAUUGUAAGUCCAUUCAGAAAUCAAUGGUAUGCAUGCUGCUGUCUUAUCUUUGUUGGUACAGCUCAGUGGGUGUGGUAUACUGCUCUACCUUUGGGCCCACAGAUUAUUUAAAGCCCCCCAAAAUGACUGUCUUUCACUGAUACAUUCCCAGCCUCAUUGACUACAUGAUAAAUUCUGUCUUAAUUCGUCCUGAGGGGAACAGCGAUACAGCGGGUCACCUUAAAUUCUUACAUUUGUAGCUAGCUGCUUAACUGCAAACUUGGCUAUGAAGUGUUGCUUGGUGACCCCUUCGCCCCUACUCUUUACCUUUGACCAGUUGUUCUCAUCGCACACCCUCUUGGUGCAAACACAAGACAGAUGAACCAAAAUAGCAUUAGAGACUUCUGUAAAGGGGAAGGGAAAAUAUAAAGUUGCUUCAUGUUCCUGUGAAAAGGUCAUUUGAGACUUCAGAAACAGACAAAUCUCUUUGUUGAAAUGUUUUAAGGGUGACUAUGUGCGACAAAUCUCUGUACCCUACAGAGAGCUACAACCUUUUAAAAAAAUUGGGUGAAUGCAAGUCGUGUUUUAGCGUGAGAAAACAAGGGGUGUUUAAAAGUAGCCGUUUUACACCCUUACCUACAGUCCAGAUCACAGUGUAAACUAAAUAGCUCUCGGUCACAGUGAAGGUAUUCAACUGUAUUAUGUGUUACCAUGCUUUCAUGUACCAUGUUCAAACUCGAAUGUCUUCAGCACAGUUCCAACAAUUAGCUAUUUGCAAAAAAAGUCUCCACAUAAUUAUAAGCCUUGUUUUCAUACAGCUGUCAUUAGCAUGCUGCAGGCACAGACUCAUUUAGUGUCAUUAACAGAGCCUCUCUGAGUGUCAUCUCUGCUGAUAGGGUCAAAUCCUCUAAAUCCUUUUACACCACAUUAGCUAACUGCCUCAUAUCCUGGUGUGACACGCCACUCAGCUAAGCUUAGCAUACCCUUCUCAAUGUGUCGAGCAGCAUGGUUUGAAAUGACAGUGAGGGACGCAUUAUUAAAGGAGGAAGGACUGAUAACUGCUCAAAGCCACUCAGAAGUUUUCAACACUUUGACACAUCAGUGUUGGCUUUUUAAUGCUCGAUAAAGGACAAUGAUCCUUUUUAUGGUUUAAUACAGUGUGAUGGGACAUAAACUUAAAAAUCUUCCAUAUCUGAAACACUCUGUGAAAUUGUUUUUUUCUCCCCACUGGGGUCUUACAGUAAAUUUGUCUUAUAAUUGUCUUCUGUCAGUUUUAGUUAAGGUUCCAUGAUUCCUGAAGAUGAGCUUUAACACAGAUUUAUGGUACAGCAAAGUUCCUUAAAGGUACACACCCUUAUAUUGUAGUGCCCUGAUAGGCUUUCAAAUCCAUUGUUACUUUUCACUUGAUUCACACAGGAUUAAUUCACUGACUUUCACUGACAUUUUCUAAAGUUACUUCCUAACAAACUUUAGAUUACCUUAAAUUGACCCAAAAUGUGAAAAAUGUAUGGUAUUGCAUGCUUAAGAGUCAUAUACUGUACUUCAAUUCAAUCUAGUUAAUCAAUUUCAUUCCUAAAGCUCAACUUGGCAUGGUACAGUGUGUCUACUAGGGGAAUUAGUGACAUUAUCUAAAUAUUGAAGUCAGAAUCCAGCCAAAUCCAAUCAAAUUCCCCUUUCAAUCUGAAUGUUUCACCGUUUGAUCUUACAAGCACAAAAAUCUUACUAGUAGUAGGACAAAAAAAUAAUAACCUGGCAACCUAUAUUAGCUCAUUGUUUGUUAUAUCUGAUGUUACAUCCAGUGACGCAUACCUGACACAUUAUCCCUGCAAUGUAGAGUAGAAGCAGUCUGGAGCAUGUUGACGCUUGCAGAAGGAAAUUAUAGAAUCUAGGUCAAGCAUCUUCAUUCAUUAGUUUGUCGCUGGACAGACAAAAAUGUGUAGGUGUCUUACUCUGUGUGUACAGUCCUCAUAGAGAAUACUUUGCCCACCAGAGAACAGACGCAAGAAUGUGAGUGAGUCUGCGUUUGUGUGUGUUUUUUACAUCCUGCUUGGAGCGUCUGGUGUCAGCAUCUCCCUGCCUCGUGCACUGGGGAGCUGCCAUCUGCUCCUCCAGUGGGAAAUGGGGCGUUUGGCACCUAGUCCAACUCAUGACCUUACUCAUUUUCUGAGCAGCCGCAGCUUCAGUUCCCCUGCUGGCCAGAGGAGGACGAUAAUGCUCUUAAAAAGCUGCACUGAGCUUGUGUCACACUUUAUCAGUCAGAUGUUUUCAUUCAGAAAUUUCAGAGGCUGUGAGGGUUUACAUGCUCAAAAUUUAGAGGUAUUUUUGUUAAAAGUAUCACAGAUGCGAUGAAAGGGUGAGAUUGGAUGUCAUAGUUGUUAAAUAGUAAUACCCUUUACAUUGUCCCAGUAGACCAGUGUAAUUAAAUGUCUUUAAACAUCUUCACAUUUAGAUGCAAUUUGCUCUUAGAAAUGAUCAAGUGUUUAUUUUUUCCUCUUUUGUGUAUGACUUGGGUGACUUUUGUGAGAACCUGUUGAGUUUUCAGGUGCACUAUCAGUUAUGACCAGCUCGAUGAUGAGCCCCCCUCAAUAUUGAUUCGAGACAGAUUCAAGACAGAUUCACCUUUUUUCAAUAUCAGUCCCAAGUCUGUAAUACAGGAAUAAACACUGUAUUCCACAGAAGCAUAACUAUGAAGCUGUCUUCCACCUCUAAGUCAUGGUGUGAGAUGAAUAUUGCAUGAUGUUGUAGCAGUGCAAUAUUUAUUGAAUAUUAAAAAUCAAGAUCAUAAAGUAGAAUUCAGUGCAUUUAUUUGAUUUCUAAAUUAAAACACCUGAAUAACUUUCUUUAAACUGUUAGGAUGGAGUUACAAACAUGGCUGAAAUGCAAAAUUGUUGGAUUUAAAUAUCAGUUAAACAUCAUGUUUUUAUUGAAGCAUCUAUGUUCCCCUGUUUUUAAUGUGUUCUCGUGUCUUUGUUUUAUUGUUCAUGUUAAUUGUCUGUUUUUACUGUUUUUUAAUUUUUACUGUACAGCCCUUUGGUCAGUGUUUUGUUGUUUUUAUAUGUGCUUUAUAAAUAAACUUGGAUUGGAUUGGACUAACAGUAAUUUUAAAAAAAUCAAUGGUGACAAUGUCUCUCUGAAAUCAAAAGUAGUAGAAUAAAAUAAAAACACACACUUGAGGCACACAAUGUUCCAAACCACACAUGUAAAUGCACCACACUUCUUUCCAUUUCUACCCAUUGGUCAGUUAUCUUACAGUAAAGCAUGUGGACCAAGAGGAGAAUGAAAAUGAACAAACUGAAUGGAAAAAAGGAAACAUUUAGCAUUAAGUAGUGAAAAAAAGAUACCUAACCGUAGUGAAACCUAACUGUGACCAAAUGGUUCUUUAUCAUUACCAGGAAAUAUAUAUUUCAUUUUUUUCCCAGUAAGCCUUACCUCUAUUUACAAUUAUUAAAACUCUUGUCUGUCAAUAUUUGACCAUGAAAAAGCGCAAAAUAAAUAUUUCUCCAGUUUAUCCCCCAAAUAUUUACUCGAUUCACAUAUUUCCUGGCCAAGACCAAGUGAGAAAAUUCCUUCCCAAUAUUUUCAUUCACACACCUUAGCUUUGCCAUCCACCAAAUAUUCAAACCAAUGGUUUAGAUUCAGGAUCAGUACGUUUUCUGAGUUGAUCUGCGUUGCCCUUGAGUGUCCAGAUUUUUCACUCAGAUGCCAGUUUCUAGAUUGGCGAGUCUGUGGGCGGCCAGAUUAAGAGGAGAGACUGCGCAAAGGACAUCCUCCCCUCAUCUGAGCAACACUGUACAGCAAUAGACGGGCAGUCAGUCAGCGAGCCCAUCUGCUCCAUAAUCUUGCAGUCCUGCCUCUGAAAACAGGGUGCAGCUCAGUGUGUGUGUGUGUGUGUGUGUGUGUGUGUGUGUGUGUGUGUGUGUGUGUGUGUGUGUGUUUGUGUAUGAACUAAAAAGGAAGGAAAGUGACUGCAGAAGGAAAAAGCACGGACCUAAGUGAAGGAGGAACUGUGUGGAGAAAGGUGUGGGUAUUGACUGCUGUGAAAAUGAAAGCAAUCUGAAGGGAAUGAGGGUGUGAAAAUGAGUAAAUGUGUUGUAAAUUGUGCGCUGGGGAGAAGGUAAAGAAACAUAAAAAGCAGAGAGGAGGGAUGAGUGACAGAAACAUAGCAUGGAGGAGGAUGAACAAGAAAGGGUGAGAGUCAACAGAGUUCGGUUUUCUAAAGGAAACCAGCCAAGUUUAAGUUAAAGAGAGCUGCUGGAGGAGGGUGAUGUGUGUCAGGGAGAAACUGUUUGAUACAUUUGCUCAAGCCAAAACAGGUAAAGGAUGAGAGUGAGUGUGUGUUUGUGUGUGUGAAAGAUGACAGAUGCUGUAAAUUCAUGAGAGAUCUGCAUUUUCUAUUCUGUAGGUAAUGAGUCUUGUUCAAGCCAAAAGUAGCUGAAUGAUCCUGAGCUGUAGUGAGGGAAGAGGAUGCACAAACACUCGCUCGUAUGCAUGUGUAAUUAAUUAUGAAUUGCUUGUAUGCGUGUGCCUGCAUGUGCAUGUGUGCGUGUGUGUGUGAAGCCGGCUAACCUUGUCCUAAUUACACUCUAUCUAUUCCAUCAGUGCUGUGCUCUGGCCUAUUUUCGCAGUUAUAAAUUUACCACUCUCCCCUCUGUUGUGAUAGAUGACCCACUCAUUUUAGCCCAUCUCUGAAGACUGAGCCAGAAAAGGAGUCAGUAAAAAGACAGUAGCACCACUCUACGGCUUAUCCUGACAGCUGUGGAACUUUCCAUGCCCUCAAAACUAUUUUAGCUAAUAAAGUUAGUACAUUUGAAGAUGAUGGGGACGAUGAUGAUGUUGCUGCUUUUGUUGAUUGUGAUAUGAAAAUGCUGUUGAAGACAGAGCAAACAAAUAUGAGCGCUUCAUUUGCUCUGCAGAGAGUUAAAGGCUGUUUUUGUAGCAUAUAUCAGUGCGUUUACAUGACACUCGAGAAAGAAACAAAUUAUUGCCUUCUUCCGAUUAAGACUGGACAACUGAAGUGCAUGUUAACACCUUUGUCCAACUAUAAUCACAGUUAAUUACUACACCCAGAUAAUGCAAUUGGAAUUCGAUUUUCUCUACCCAUAGUCUGUAUAUAGUAUGGACAACUUUGUUCUGCCUUCCACCAGUAUACGGAUUUGAAGCCAAAAAGCUCUUGGUAAUUCUGCGUUUCUCUCCAUUUCCUGAAACCAACAUUGUGCAGUAGCGUUGUACACACUCCACCACUUGCACAGUAGCAGUGUGCGCAUUCGGCGGGAGAGUGGCUGAGAGUCGCUGUGAAGACACUUGGCUGAAACAGUGUAUCCCCCGGGUAAGCUACACAAUCUUCGUACGCCCAUAGGCUGUAUCAAGUGUCAAUCAAAGAAAACAUGAACCCCCUCAUAACUUUUAAAAUUGGAGCUGUACAGAAAAAAGAGGACUUGAGCACAAACCAGUCUUACUGUAACUACAUGUCAACAUCGCAACCAGGUGAAUAUUUAUGUUCUGUGUAAUACAUUUCUAAAGUUUGUCCUCAGCCCCAUAAGCUUUGCUGACAGAGGCAGGAUUUAUGAACUAUACUGCAGCCCAUCACCAGAGGGUGCUGUGUUCAGAGUGGCUUCCCCAGUGAGGAGGCAGACAGCGUCCAUUCUAUAUACAGUCUAUGUCUCUACCAUGUAACCAGCGUAGUCGGAGUAUAAUUGGACAAUGCAUGUGCGCCACGCCCCCUCGGAGCAAAACAAAAACACCAGAGAAGAAAUGGCAUGAUCAUUUAAAGAACUUUUGACUCAGAAGUAACUGCAACAUGGCUGAAGCACUAAAGAGUCCACUUUUGGAAUGAUGAGGAGAGUGCCGUUAUGCUUUCCCUCCUGAAAGAAAUUUACAUUUUAAAGUCAGAAACCGGAAAACUGGAAACAGCGCCACUGAAAAGACCCAUAUCGCCCCCUAGUUUUGGAGAGAAGGACACGUUCACAUCAAUAGUUUGAUUUUCUCAGCUGCAUGUAAGUCCGAUUUUGUGAAAAAAAUGAAUUAUGAGCUCAGUCCAGUUAAGCUGUGCAUGUAAACUCACUGUGUGUAAGUUAUGUAUCAGCAGUCCUGAUUAUAGUAUAUUUUUUAGCAGCUUUAGAGAUUUCACCAUACCUCUGUUUUCUGUGGAUGCCAAAAAGUAAAGACUAUUUCCUAUUCUGACUCUGUUUCUGACCUCUAAUCUGUCCAGAGGGAAGCGAGUGGAGAGACAAGAGGUCAGCUAAGAGGCUGCAAAGUAUUUUUAUGUUCUUUCAAAGAGAAACUUAGCACGAUCAAAAGCUCGCUGGUUUUCAUUUGAAUAUAUUUGCUACAGCUCGCCACAGUAUUUACACAAUUAUUUUUGCUUGCGAUGAGGCAGAAGAAAUAACCCUUCAUUUCAUAUAUGUAUCAAAUACAAUUGAGAACGUAUCAAGUGAUACAGUGAUACUGUGUCCAUACUGACUGUAAAUAAAACAAACCCAGAAGUAGUUUCCAAUGUUUGCUCUGUCUAUGAAAUGAACUGUCUCGUGCUGCUGGUAGGAAAUGCGUGCCUCGGCUACAGCUUUCACUACACAGUAGCAGGAGUUGGUUGGGCUUGACAUGCCGGGGCAGCUUGUACAUGACCCAGAACCCAUCUGGUCUCGCGUGGUAUGAGACUGUAAUCCAUUGCCUGGAGGACAAAAGGUUAGGGGAAGGGGACUAAUAAACCAACUCCAAAAUACACCUGAAGCCAGAAAUGGUGGAAGGUUGGGCUUGGGGCUAGCAACUCCAACUCGUAAAAAAUUGCAUAUGUUACAGAAACCGCAAACACACUAUGUGGCCCUAUGCUCCACUUAGGAGCCUACAGGAAUAAGUCAAGUAAGUCAUGAAAUGAAGCUCGAAAACAAAUCAGAGUAAUGAUGAUCUUUGACAAAUGAACAUGACUGAUUUGGAGUUUAUUUGGAGCUAGAUCAAACUCACAAAUUUAUGCGUUGUUAGGGUUCAAUACCAUCAGUCAUAGUUGUGUUGACAAAUGCAAGCUUCUACGGCGCCAUGUGUGUCAGAUUAGCAAAGUAGAGGAGGAAGAAAACACCAUGAACAUAAACAGUAAAGUCGUUAAACUUUACAUAACAGUGACUGUCUGCAGCACAGUGACAGGAUUAGCUGUCAUACUGUGAUUUCUACCAACCUGAGUGAUAUUUGCUGUUGUAUUGCAGUGUUUUGGUGAGCUAAAGAGGUGGGAUGUUAAUGCAGCACCUUUGAGAGCUUAACUCUACUGCAGACUCUGGCUCCCCGAGGCACGAGAUGUCUGCACUUGAGAUGUUUACAGUUCUUUGUGUAUCAAGUAAAUGAUCCCCUUUUUAGCCAGAGCUGCUGCAGUUGUGCACCAUGUCUCCACUAACUAUUGCAACAGUUGAUCAACAGUUUCCUCUGAGAACAAGGGGGCAGUAUGUCAGCAAACCAACAAUAUUAGCACCUUCUGAGCAUUUUUGAUCCAGUUGUGUUUCCAUUUGACACUAGAAAAAACUGAUGAUAGAAAACUGGACAGUGUCAGUCUGAAAUGUUUUUCCGCUCAUACUUCUUGACGCAGCGAUCCCUCAUUGAGGUGUUUGGGGUAAAUUCAGUACAUCCAUUAUAAUAGAUUGGAUGGCUCCAUCAGAUGUAGGGCUGCAGCUAUCGAUUAUUUUAGUAAUCGAGUACUCUAUCGAUUAAUCUGUCGAUUAAUCGAGUAAUCGGAUAAGAAAUGUUUUGCUCUCACUGUAAUACUUUGCAUUGAAUCACGUUUGCCUCAGAGCGGACUUAAUGCAUGGACCGGGUGUUUUCUUUUAAGGUGCUGCAGCAUUGACGACGUGCUGUUGUGAAACGCCAACUCCGCCUUACAGUAAACGCACUGCACGGCGUUUUCUUUCCUUUUCAGUGUGUAAUGGUCCCACACUUUAGACACUUUCUGCCGUUUCCUCUGCGUGUCAUCUCUUUCUUCCUCUCUCUGUCUGUCCUCGUUUCCCUCCAUGAUUGAACCAAACGCGCCAUAGACAUAAUAAAAGAUAGACCCCGCAUCGGCCGCUACCACGGAUGGGCGCUGUCGAGAAAUGCGGCCGCCAUCUUGGUCCGGUCAUCCGCCUCACUCUGCACCGCUGUUUAACCGGCGGAAUGAAGUCUGAGCGCAUUAAUGAAUCAUAGUUCGCUCAAUACUACGUAAUUUUCUUCUCUGCAAACGCCAUUCAAAGAGGCAUGAUAGAGGCCAUAUUUUUUUUUGGCGUUUUCAAAUACUCAGAAUGAAUAAAAUGAUAUUUUAGAACGUGGCAGCAGUGGCUGUAUUAUAGUAUAACAAUUAAUCAAGGAUAUAUUUAGGUUUAGAGCUAGGUUCCUGCUAUGUCUCAAUAAUUAUUAAUAACUGGCGGUAUUAAUAGGCCAAUUCAAUAUAUAUUGAUUUGAUUAUAAUUUUUUAUAUAGUUUAAUUUUAUUUAUCCAUUUGUAGACACACACAAAUAAUGUCAUAUAGAAGCACUAUUUUAAUAACUGGAAAAUACACACAAAUAUAUAGCCUACAUAUCAAAAAGAUUUAAACACAAGAACAGCAUGACAGGACAGCAUCUAAACUACAUAUCAAUUUGCUUGUUGGCUACACAGCACAGAGGAAUCACUUGCUGCGAAUUUCUCCCUCUAACAGCAAUCUCCCACUUCUUCCUCAAGUUUUUGUCCUUAGGAAAUCUUCAAAAUGAAACAGGAGAUCACCACAAAGAAAUCUUUAAUAAAACAGAUAAUAAAACAGAGCUCACUUUCUUCCUUUUUCUUUCUAUUUUAUUUCUUAACGUUUCUUAGAACCUCUCUCAAACAAAAGUUUUUCAAUCUAAUGCAAAUCUGUUGAUAAUCGACCAAAGUUGCUAUUAUUGUGAAUAAGCUAGCUGUUCGCAAAUGCUGUUUCCUUUUUGGAGUUGACCGAUAGUCUUCCUCUUUGGCCUACAAAUGACUCUACAGUCAAGUGUAAUGUUUAAAAAACGUUUAAUCAUAACUGUGAAAAGUUAUUUCUUGAGCCCUGUUCUCUGCUGUCCGCCUGUUGGCACAGGAAUACGCCGCACAGUGCUCCGGCAUCGCUGAAUGAAUGAAUAUGAUUGACCGGAGCGUAUGGGAAGCUUGACCUGACCAAGAUGGCGGCCGCAUUUCUUGCUGCGCAGCACCCCCAGCGGGGUCUACCCUUUUAUUAUGUCUAUGAAACGCGCGGCAGCGGAAGGAGCGGAAAGAGCACGCUGCUGCGCAACAGAAAUAACCGUCCGUGUCAAACACCGUGCGCUGCACAUGGUUCCGGAUUUAAACGAUUCCUCGAGGCAUACAAUUUGCCUCGAGGAAUUUUAUUAAUCGAGUUACUCGAGUUACUCGAGUAAUCGUUUCAGCCCUAAUCAGAUGUAUCCAUAAUGGAAAACAUUAUUUAGGGAUUUGGGGCAUUUGCCAUUGUUUUUGUGAUACGGUUAUUUUAAAACGAAGCGAUCAAUACUUAAUUAUUUCAAAAAAUUGAUAACAGAGAGUACUCUGAGUUUGCUGAGUCUCUGUAGUCUGCAUCCAUCACAGCUGGGGACAGUAAAUAUGUGUUUCAUAUCUUUACAUUCGGUGUCUUUCUCUUUCAGCCCUUUAACCUGGGUGUUCAAGUGUUAAUGCAACAGUGUAUACUAAGGUUGCCCUGAAGUGCAAAACACAAUAACAUUUCGCAAAACACGAUGACAUUUCACAAAACACAAGAACAACACAAGAACACAUGAUUUUGUGUAUUCAAAAUGUUUUUGUGUUUUUCGAAAUGUUGUGUUUUCAAAAUGUUGUUGUGUUUUGCGAAAUGUUUUUGUGCUUUGAAAAUGUUGUUGUGUUUUGUGAAAUGUUGUUGUGUUUUCAAAAUGUUGUUGUGUUUUGCGAAAUGUUUUUGUGUUUUGUGAAAUGUUGUGUUUUCCUAAAUGUUGUGUUUUCAAAAUGUUGUUGUGUUUUGCGAAAUGUUUUUGUGCUUUGAAAAUGUUGUUGUGUUUUGUGAAAUGUUGUUGUGUUUUCAAAAUGUUGUUGUGUUUUGCGAAAUGUUUUUGUGUUUUGUGAAAUGUUGUGUUUUCCUAAAUGUUGUGUUUUCCUAAAUUCUGUUGUGUUUUGCGAAAUGUUGUUGUGUUUUGAAAAUGUUGUUGUGUUUUGAAAAUGUUUUUGUGUUUUGAAAAUGUUGUGUUUUGUGAAAUGUUGUUGUGUUUUGCAAAAUGUUUUUGUGUUUUGAAAAUGUUGUGUUUUGUGAAAUGUUGUUGUGUUUUCCUAAAUGUUGUGUUUUGCGAAAUGUUGUGUUUUGAAAAUGUUUUUGUGUUUUGAAAAUGUUGUUGUGUUUUGUGAAAUGUUGUUGUGUUUUGCAAAAUGUUGUUGUGUUUUGCGAAAAUUUUUUGUGUUUUGAAAAUGUUGUGUUUUGCACUUCAGGGCCACCGUAGUAUACAAAGCAGCAAACCACUGUAUAGCAAGACAUUUAAAAUAGGCCCUGUGAACAUUACACAAAGUAAUCUACUAUUAUUUUAAGUUUUAGCUGUCUUCAAGAGAGCUUGUCAACUCUUAGACAUAUCAAAAAAGAAGAACAUUUUUUCAGGGUGCAUUUUCUUUUUUUAAGUCUGUCUCAGUAAAGUAUAACACUUAAGUACAGCACUUACAUAAAUCAUAAGUCUCAGUGAGCUCUUGAAUGACAUAUAUGGAUUAUAUUUUCAAAAUGACUGUCGUCUGUAGCACUAAAUUCCCUCUCUUUAUUUCACACAGACAGAGUUGCCUUGUUGAGCUGCAGAGGGAGAGGGUAACACAGAGGAGAAUAUCAUAUUAGAAAGUGAAACUUUGUAAAAUCGCCUGCUUCAGCUGACUAACUUAAGCUGUUAAAACCUAAUGCAUAUUUUCAGUGAAACCAAAAGAUUAGUAAAAACACUCCUUUUGAAAGUGUUCAGGAGGAAAUAUCUUCACAGACAGAGUGAUGGUGUGGAUAGACCAGGGCAGGAGUCUCAAUCACUAACACUGUAUUGUAACUAAUAAGAAUCCAGUUUUAAGCAGAACAACACAAAAGCCAGACAUGGAGUGCAGUGGGAAGAGGGUUAGGGGGAUGCAGCUGGGGCCUCUAUUUUUGGAUUCAGGGCAAAUCAGAAAGACUACUGCAAACAGACCGAGGGAACACACACAUUUCCAUCAACACACAUCCAUUAGCUUACCAUUAUGAAUGUGUAUAAGACUCCUGAAUGAAAAGACACUCAAACACACCAUCUCCUUCACACAGCAUUGAAGUCUGAGAGAGAGAAUCUAUAAUACUCCGGGAACUAUAUGUCCUAAAAUAUGCUCUUCAUGUACAACCUUGACAUAACAUCAAAUCAGAGCAGGCUGUGUAAAACUAGAUAUCAUGGAAAACCAGAGAACAUUAAUGAGCGUUAAUAUUUGAAGUCUCAGCUCUGAGCCGGUCUUUCAUGUUUGUGCAAAACUAAAGCUGAGGGCGACUUCAGAGAUGAGGAUUUGGCUAAAUGAGGGGUGUAAAAGGAGGUUUAUGAGGAAACUUUUUGGUAAAACCUGAACGCUUUAAUGAAAACUCUCAAAUCUUAUUCUUAAUCUCCAGCCCAGUGAUGUCCUGUGGCGUCUGAGAGUCGCUUCAAUUCGUGUGUGAGCCAUGAGCAGUCACCCACAGCCUGUUAUGAUCAAGCACAGUGUGGCUAUAAAUCCCACCAGGAUAAGCAUUAAACCUCACCCACUCUGAAAUGCCCUUGGCCUGACACACAAUAGCCACGGUUCAGUUUAACACGUUCACAAAGACUUGACCCCCUCAGCAGAGGAGGCAGCCGUGCGAUGAGAUUUCCUGCGGUGAAAUGGAAAAAGGUUGAAAAGUCACUUCCUGUAGAGAUGGUGGGGGGGCUCAUGUGACCUGGGGCAAGUGGACAGGGGUCCCCGCUGGACGCCAAGUGGGUCAGCCCUGCAGUCAUGCCUCAAAAUCCCUACAUGACGUCACAAUAAUACCCUAAUGGCUAUCUUUCAACCUAUCAACCUGUCAGUAGCAAAAGGAUGAGCCGUUGCCAUGGCAACAAUCAUGAAAGCGAGCAAGAGUGAUGAGGAUAGUGAAUAUAUACGGUCUAGAUCACACAGAGCUCUGACAUUUAGGAGACAUGAGCUAUAACUCUCCAAAUAUUGAGCUGCCAGUAGGAGUCGCAUGUAAACAUGUGGGUUUGGUGCAAAAUCUACAUGAAAAAAAAAAAGAAAAUAUCGAACAAGGAUAAUGGAUAAUAUGAGGAUAAUGGAAAUGCAAUUUUCAAUUAGAGGCCUGAAAGGAUGAGUGUUAAAUGAUAUUACAUCUUCAGCUCCUGUCAAUUUUAGUCUCUUGUAGGCAUGAGAUUCUAACUGCAAAAUAUCACAAUUUCAUUGUGAAAUUGCGAUCCCAGCUCUGAGAUGGAUAAUGUGUUUGACUCUAGGUCACCUUUUUUCAUAUAAAAUACUUGGAACAGGAGUUAAAAUUAGGGGUGCAGCGAGAUCAUAUGUCACAAGAUCUGGCAAUUCUCAAGAUUUCUCAUUGAGGUGGGAAGCUGUUUUGUGAGAUCCAGACAAUACUUGGUGAUUUUGUCAUUUUCAGCAGCAAUUACAGCAUUUCUCUGAUGUGAUGGUGAUAGUUAUCAUAAUCAGUCUAGUACAGUGGAAAAGGUGCUGCCAAAAAACUGCCAAGAGGAGAAAUGUUGCUUAUUUUAUUGCUACAAUGAGGGGUCUUAACUGUGUCUGAAACAACAUGCUGAUACCUGCAUGCAUCUAAGACAGCUGUGACUGUUUGUUACUGUUGCCACCGCAGUUUAGACUGCAGUUUGUUUCAUACACUAAUAGACCUCAUAGUUACACAGAGCAACAACAGACUCUGUGAUCAAAUGUCCCAUUUUGAAAUCACAUCUGUUGUUAUGUCCAUACUCACUCCUCCCCUCAGUCUGUCGCUUUCUCCCACUGGUAUAUGUAACAGUUUAACCCUGCGUUCAGAUAUGUAUGAAUUAAGUGAGUAGACGAUUAAAAUUUUCUCAUAUAUAUUUGUUCAUAUUACCAUUUAAUUUUUUAGUUUUAGUUAUAAAGGAGUUUAAAGUUGCUUAAAUGUGAGUGACGCAGAUCAGAUCAUGAGUAAUAGUGUUUAAUCAUCAUGAUCUCUUUAUUAAUUGAUUGUAAUUAUCAUCUUCUGUGUAAAAUACUAGUUGCAUUUGUGUUUAUGAAGCAGCACACUUAAUAGAUAAUAGAAAAGAUAUUAAAAGUGCCUUUUUUCUGAUCAUAACUUGUAUGCCGGGUCUAACCAAUGCCAAACUCAUACUUGUGUCUUGUGAGAUUAUUACAGAUCCAUCCAUGUUUUGAUUUACCUCCAAGUGUAAUCAGUGAAAACCUGAAUGAUAAAUCUGCUAUCUAAGUCAUAAAUUAUAAAUUACAGGCUAUUUUACUCCACGAAAAGUUGGCCUAAUCAACCUGCUCCCCCCUGAGGUUUCUCUCCACUGUGGUUGAAGUUUCACCACAGAGACUCAUUACCCUGUUAAACUGCACUAAAACAGGAGCUGUGGACCUUUGCUGAUAGGAUUUCUGAGUCAGAGAAUGUGUUGACCUCGACAUAUUAAUAUGGAGCGACAUUAAUUAAUUCUGUGUAGUGCUCACACAGGGUGAGAUUUUGGUACAUAUUUAUUCAACCAAUGUUUCCUCUGUAGUAACUCAUCUAAAAAUACGAUGUUUCAUCUCAUCCCAGUUUCAAUCUUUGCUUUUAAGUCAUCCUAAAUGACAAAAAUACAUGGAAAACAGGAUGGUUCCGGUGACAUGCAGAAGAUUUGCAGAUGGCUCUUUUUAAAUGUAAUAUGCAUGAUAGUAAAAGCACUUCUACACAGACCGAAAAGAUGCUUUUUAUUACAAAAAUCUGAGCACCUAGAAAUGCAGAUGCAGCAUAAGAAAGAAAAGCGAGAGGAGUAAGGAGACAAAAGAAGAUCUGCACUGUGAUUGAAGGAAAUUGCCAAAGUCUCCUUUUCUUUGUGUGUAGACAGCCAGGAUAGAGUAAACCAUCAAUCACAGCUGUCCUCUGCAGCGACACUCUGCUCCCAACAUUUUCAUUCACAAAGUGAGCACAUCUUUGGUCGUAGUCCUCCAGUACUGUGCUUGUUGGUAUCCUCUCUGCCUUUUCCUUGCAAAGUUAUCAUUGAUCUGAUUAUCCUCUGGUACAGGCUGCAUAUUUAACUUUGACCCCAGUAGGAAGGUAUGAAUUAAUCUGCAGCAGAGCAAGUGGUGUGAUGUGAUUUGUUAUUCAGCAAUGGUUUACCUUUUGUGAGCAGUUAAUGCACAAAAGCUGGAGUUAAAUGCGGCCUCUAGAUUUAUUUUUUCCACCUCUAGCACAGUCCAUUGUGUGUGUGAUGCCUACUACACCCUCUCAUCCUCCAAACCCCAGGGAGACUCCCAUCAGGGGCCUUAUGGGAAGGAUGCAGCAGAGUCCCGCGAUUGGAGCUUCAUGUUAUCUCUGAGCCGCAGCAGUACGCCUGGCAGGACCACAAAAAAAAAAAAAAAAAAAACUUGUGG